GAGAGGCUCGGGGGCUGCCGCUGCUCCGGGUGGGUCUGGGGAGCAGCUCCUGAACUUGCUCGCCUUCUGGGUUGGGGAGAGGGCGGGGUGCCAGGGCUGGGGGCGGAGGAGGAGAAGGACGAGCUCUUCCUACUUCUCCUCUCGGCUUCUCCUCUUUCCUCCUCCUCCUCCAGCGCCACCAGCCGUGACGCAUCCUCCCCUCCCCUUUUCUAACCUCCGGGCUGCUUUCAAACUCCCCCCUCCCUCCUUCUUUCCUCCUCCUCCUCCUCUUCCUCCCUCUUUCCCUCCCUCUCCUUUUCGCCUGCCUGGGGCUGAAUUAGUUUCCCUCAGUGCUGCCUCUGCUUGUUGGCGGGGUAGUCGGACUUGAGCCGCCUCCUUUUCCCCCCUUCCUUUUUUGUAAAAAUCGGGUUUGCAGACGCUGCUGCUGCGGGCGUCCGGAGGAAUUUCUGCCGCGGUGCUUUUCCGUCCUGCCCCGGGGGUUUGGCAGCGAGGAAGGGGAGCGGGGGGACCUGCUCGUGGGGACGAGGGGAGGGGGGGUGGCAGCAAGGAAGCCAGGAGGCCAGGCUUGAGGAGGAGCUGCUGCUGCUGCUGCUGCUGCUGCUGCAGCAGCGGGAGAUGUGGGCUCCUGGUGCCGAUGCGGCACAAGGACACGGCUAGGGAGCCUCGCUUGCAGCCGAGACGCCGCCAGCUGCCCGGUUCCCGGUGAAAAAGACCAGAAAGAGCUUCGAUUGCCGCCGCCGCCAAAGCAGAAAUCAGUCCCAACUCUCGGCCGAACAGGAUCCCUCCGUUUCCGUGCGAAGAAGAGGCGGGGAAGGCUGCUGCUGCUGCUGCUGCUGCUUUCGGAGGGGACCCACCUCAAGGAUUGAGGCCAUUCUGGCGGAAGGGUGUGCAGGGGGGGCAUCGGUGGGGUUUAACAAUGGUGAGGUUUCUGGUGAGCUCCUGCUGCGCCCUGGCUGCGUCGGUGCUGCUCCAUCCCCGGAUCGGAUCACGGUGAGGAAAAAAUGAGCGAAGAGACGGCGAAUUCUAACAACGAGUAAGUUUCUCGGCUUUUCUUUGGGGGGGGGGUCUCUUCGGCUUGGCAUUUCUCUCCCCCCACCCGUCCCUACCCCGCCACCUCCGUUCAUUGACCUCCUCUCUUCGGGCUCCUUACAUAGCUGGAUAUGUUUUAAACGUGCUGAUGUGUGUGUGUGUGUCUCUGCAUAUGUAAACACCCCCCCACCCCCCGAAUCUGACUGUUUUGGUAAUUUGGAAAAGUCAUGGCAGACCCAGGAUAUGGUGAAAAAAUUGCCUAGCUUAUGCGUGUUGGGGAAAUGGACCCUCCGUCUCCCUCCCUCCCGCCCGCCACCCCCCUCGACCUUCUACUUCCAGUGGACUACGUGCAACGUUUUGUGGGAGAAAAAGAAGUCUAUUUUCGUUUGCAUGUUUCCUAUAGAAAGUAGCGAGUGGGAGCUUCAUCCCGAGGGAAACUGUUCCUGAAUUUUAAUUGGAUGAGUCAGUGUAAAUACAGUGUUAAACCUUUCCCCAAAGCUUUAUAUAUACAUUUUAACAAGCUGUUAGGACUCUUCGCCCUUCCCCCCUUCUUUAAAUGGGGAAUAGAAUGAAGAUAUUUAUAUAUAUAACGUGCAAGAUAUUAAUAUAUUUAACAUGCUUAGCUUGGAUGAAAUCUAUAGGGGGCUUAUGUUUUCUUUUUUACAUCUGUAGGGAUGUAGCCUUCAAAAUUGCUAUGAAAUAUAUAAUUUCUGAAACAGGGUAGUCAUGUCAACAAUCCUGAACUUUCCCAUUUCUUCUAAAGAAUGAAAAAUGUUGACGCUGCCUGUGACUCCUGCAUCCUGCCCUGUCAAUGGUUGUUCUUUUCUGCAAGAAUGAGUUGCGAAUUAGUCAUUUUCUCAAACAUACUUUGCAAUAGUUGUGGCUCAAUUAUAGUGCAAAAGCAUCCUUCUGGCAGAAUUAUCACACGGUAAUUAUUUUUCCAGUGCCUGUAGCAAGUAAUUUGAAUUGUAGGAGGAAAUACUGGUUUUUGGUGGAGAAGGGAACACUUGUCAGUUGCAUACAUUCCUCCAUAUAAAACCUUAAUUCCUUAAGAUGGAUCGGUAAAGGAACAGGCUUCUGCUUCUGCUUCUUCUUUUUUAAUGAAUGGCUUUACUCUUAAGCCAGAAUCACAUAAUAUAACAAGGACAAAUCCUGAACUGCAACAGGAACAAGUACAAAACAUUGUAUUGAGCUACUUGGUAAGAUGAAGUGCUGCAGUGCCCGUGGAACCGAGAGAGAAGCGGCCGCCAUAUUUUCUUUUUUGUGAAUCGCUCUAAUUUGCAUACCACAGUCUUCAUUCAUAAAAAAUAAUAAUUAGACCUGUGCCACCUUCGACAUUCGACUGAACUUGGCUUGCAAGAAAUGGGAAAUUUUCAUGAAGGUAGAAAGAGCCUAGUAUGCUCGAGGUUUAGGGUUUUCUGGAUUUUCGUCUCGAAAAAUACUGUUCUCUGCUUGUUGACACUGUUAUGUGGGAAAUAUCGGCUCGGGGAAGUGCUGGGAGCACGUGAUCCUCUCCAUUCAUAAAAUACCUGGCUGGCCAUUCACAGUGCAGUACACUGUGUCUACAUGGAUCCACUUUCACAUUAGACCUGUUUUUCUAAAAGAAAGGCACAGAUUUGUGUCAGGGUAUCUGCAGAAGCACCACCUUGCUUGCCAGAAUAUGAAAAGAAGUGUGCUUUUAAAAGAAAAAAAAUCAAGGCCAUAAUCUGAGGACUUUUGUAGUGUCACUAAGGGAUCUUUGGGGUGGUGGAGGAUAGAAUCUUCUAGUAGCUAGCUUCCUUAUUUUAAUGUGGCACAUCAGAAACUGCCAGUAUUUCUAAAACAAUACAAGAUUAUGUGAAAGUGGCUUAAGACGUAAACACUGAUAUAACUGAAGCAGCAGCAAAACGUUUCACCCUGUUUACUUGUGCAGUUUUGCAGCCCUUGCUGGUUGAUAUUCACACCGUAAUCAGCCCCUGUAUUUUAACUGAAGAAAAGUUAAUAAGAUAAUUAAUUAGAUAUUGCAUUUUACAAUAAAAGGGCUAUUAUGUAGUCAACUUUCAUUAAGCAUUUUAAAGCCAGUCAAAUGUAAAAUUAUUGAAAUGCAUUCUCAAGAUUAGUCGCAAAAGCUGCCUGAAUGUGAUUGCUGGGGAAGAGCCCUUUGUUAAUGCAUAUAUUUCUGUGUGCCACUUGGUGUAUGUAUUUCUGUGUCACCCCAUGAUUCUAUGACACUUUAGCGUAAAUAUUUGAACAAAGGCCAAUUGAUUAUGCUUUUUGGACAACACAGAAUAUUUAUUUAAUUAAGAGAAAAUGUUUUCUUCAAUAGUUAGGAUGCAAAAACACCUUCAGAACAUUUGAUUAUAACAUAAAAUGUGUUUGUCAGUUUGAAUUGUAUUCUUCAUCUCUUCGAUUCGUCUUUUGUAUUGCCAUCAUACAAGAAUUUCAUAACUGAAGAAAAUGCUAGAACACAUCUACAUAUUCAUACUGAUUUUUCCUUCCUUGUGUUCUCAUCAGGCUCUCCAGUCACAUUUUGAAUUUCUCUUCUUGGAAGUGAAGUGAUCUUCUAUGCUUUGUGUGGAUUAGCUUAGGGUUUUUUAAAAGCUGAUUUUAUGAACUUGAUAUAGUGGAAAAUACAGUACACAGCUGCGGCUGCUGCUCCUGCCACAGUCAUACAGGCUUAAAUAUGGCAACCAAGAAUUCUAGUUUGCAUCGGUUCACACAGUUUUCACUUUGAAAAGUUCCUUGCAUUCUAACGAAUUGUGUAGUAUAUUGUCCAUACUGAGUACAGUUAGGCCUUAACUGUGUUAUGUGUGUCUGACUGUAUAUGCAAAAAGCAACUUGCAGUGUUCAGUAUACAACCAUUUAUAUUACAAGACCGUUGUUAAUUGUAUUUUUCUCUUUUGAAAGCAGUACGUUGGUUAGAUUUUGUUAUUGCACCUGCACAACUCAAUUUUCCAGGAGUUUUUAACAACAAACCUCACCAGUUUGUGUGCUAGCCUGGUAUGCUGUCAGAAAAAGUGUUUAUGGUUUCACAGUACUAUGCAUUAUAUAAAUCUUGUUUACCUCAUCUUUCUCUAGCAUGUUUUGUUUUGUUUUUAAGAUACAUAUUUCCCAAGUCUUCUGCAGUCGUACUUUUUCAGUUUCUUGCUGGAUGGGCCAAAUUACUAUGGCAAGUUGUAUAUUAGUGACUAAUCACUUCAUUAAUUAGAAAGUAGACUGAUGUCAGUCCACAUGAAGUUGCAAGUAAAUGUUGGAUAUUUUUGCUUCUAAUGUGACUUGACACUGUGUUUUGUCAUGUUCAUUUGCAUUUUAAAAGAAAGAUACUAGGUUUCAGUUCAAUAGGUCAGGGCUUUAAACUUUUUGAACAUUGUUUAAUUCCAUUUUAGGGAAAGUAGCUAUAUGCAUGGGAUUGCAGAUCUGAAGUGUGCUUGAUAAAUUGACAUGGGACCUAACUGUAACGUAUGUGUAUAUAGUUUUGUUCAGAUCCCUUAUUAAGCAUGGCAUUUCAAAGGGAGUCACGCAGGAAAUGCCACCUGAGUAAAAUAAAUAAAUGGAGGUAAUGAUGGUUCCCUAUAUGCUAAAAGUAAUAUUCAUGCAAACAUUAUGACACCAAAAUAUUGUCUCCAUAGACCACUGCUUGAGAGAAUGAAACUCUAUGGUUGUUUUCUUCCCCCAAUCAUUCUUGGAAACUGUUCAGAGGUUAUUACUUGGUGCUUGGGCUUCUACCCUGGUUCCAGCACCUGGUUUCAGGCCUUGGCCACUCUCUUGGAUAGAAAGCAACUAGUGGACAGACAGACUCUGUCUACAUUUGAAUGUAAGGUUGCUCCCUGACCCUGCAAGAUGAAACCCACCAGAAAGGCAAGUUCUAUAAUGCAAGGUCCAAAAUCCCGUGUUGGAUGCUUGUUAGAGGAGUGAGAGAGGGGGCAUGCAAACCUGAGGCUCUGAUGAUAAAUCAAGCAAUUCAGUGACUUGCAACCAGGAGUCCUUUUUGAAUCCUGCUUAUACAGUAGUUGAUUUGGGACUAGUUUAGCUUUUGCAGGCCAUAUUCGCAUGCCGUUGAAUACCCAGUAAGCUGUCUUCUUGCUAUUAUGUUCCAGUUUUCCUUGUAACAAAAAAAUAAAAAUGCAUGUUGUACAUUUCCUGGGGGGGGGUUGUGAUGCCACAGAAGCCCAGUGAAGCUUAUAUUCAAAGGGAUCGUCCUUUUCUUAAGACUGAUUUAGUCUUAAAAAUCUACCAUGCAAAAGCAUUGAUUCUCAUUCAAUAUGGAGACAUCCUUUAAUGUCAUAUACAAAAAUUACAUUUAUACACAGAGAGAGAGAGAGAGAUGCACACUGAUCUUUUGUUUGCAUCACGUAUAGAAUGUGUGUGUCAGUGUUUGUGCUUGCUAACAAUAAUAUCUGCAAGAGGUUUUCAUGAUAGAUAAAAAUUCCUUGAUGAAAUUAUUUUAAUUGUGUCCGUUGGAUCUCUUUUAUUGAUGUACAGAAGGAGUUGUAUGACUGCUAAGUUAUUUUUUCUGCAAGUAAUGCAGGAUGAGGAGCACAAUGGUUUGUCAAAAGAGCUUUCCCCAGUGAAUAGCAAUGCAAAAUUGCAAACAGAGGAAUAAUUCAUUAGGAGAGGAUAAGUGGGGAUAUGGUAUCUAGAGCAAAAGGACACAGAAAAUUGAAUUGUAGAAAGGGUUAAAAAUUAUCACUGGGUUGACUGAAAAAGGCAAGACAGGCCACUGGAUUUCAGUGAGGCUUAAGUGCACAUAGUACUGUGCAGUAUCGUGGUGAUCUAGGGUAGAAGUGAACAUUCUUAAAUUUCAGAUAUAAGCAGAUUGAAGCAUUGCAUGACUUUAAAGUAAUUGUCCAGUGUUUGGAGUGUGUGCAUGCUCUGUAGAUGUUACCAGCUGCUGUUGCAAUUCCUUGCACCAGGUUGUGGAAGUGUCUGGCGAUAGAAGGAACAGUGGCCUACAAGUUUGACGUGGAUGCAUAAGAACUCAGUUUUUUUAAAAAUAGCACUAUAUUCUAGGAGUGCCUAUGGUUACUAAACAUCAGGUACUGACCAGUAAUCCAGCCUUGGUUCCCUACCACAUAGGUGGUUAAAUAAGUACACACAUGAAUCAUGCAAAGCAGACCUUAGAAGGGCUUGGGGUGUGUGAAGGUGAAGAGGAAUCCUUAUACAAUUUAUUUGCCUUUCCCUCCACAUCCACAUCCUUGUGACUGUUUGGUUCCCAUUUCCUGAGCAGAUACAAUAUUUUCCUCAAGUUGUUUCCCUGUAACCCAGAAAAUCUUUGUGGUGUGACAAAUAUGAGCGUUAAGAUUUCCACAAUAGCAUUUAAAUUACCAUUAAAGCUGCAGUCAGCAAACUUGCUAACAAGUAAGCUCUGUUCAACAUUGUGGAACUUAAGCCCAGCUUGGGUGCUCAAUGUGAGAAGAGCAGGCAUGUGCCAUCUAGCCUUGCCCCCCCCCCAUUGCAUCCCCAUGCCUGGCCUAGCUAUUCUUGUGUUGGGAGAGUGAGCUUGAAAAUUUGCCAGGCACCAGGUGUAUUUUACACUUGGGUGUCUGUCAAUUGCCACCCAGUGAAGAUGCCCAGGCACCAGGAUGGCGUAUCAUGUCUGCACCAUCUGGAGGUUCAUGCCUGGGGAUCCUUGGACCUUUCCUGUUUUUACACACUAACGACACAACCUGUAGAAUUCUGUCCGUGAUAUUUUAUCUGCACAAAUUUCAGGAACCAAAAAGUCGUAUGGAAAAAUACAACUAAUGAGCUGUCUGGCCCCAAAAUGGCAACUAGACAUUCCAUUUUGGCGAUUGAUACCAUGGUUUAAGGAGCUGUUUGGCACCUAGCGUAUGAGUUUCUAACACUGACUUCUGUACCUGUUGAGGCUUCCUGUACCAUUUAGAACUGUGGUUAUGCAGAAGGAUGCUACGAGGACUUGGCAGCAAGAACAGGGCAAUCUAACUUCCCCACUAUCCUCUAUACAAUUCUAAAUAGCCCAACAUAGAAUUCUUUCCAUUUGAAUAUUUGUAGGGUUUGCACUCCAAGCUGUCAAUCUCAUGGGGUGCUUUUAGAUUAGGGACAGUGACUGGCCCUACCUGUCUACCCAGGAGUGCUUAGCUUACAAUGGGAGCGGGGAAAAGCCAAGUAUGUUGCUCGGAGCUUCUUAGAGUAAGCGCAGGACAUAACGUAAGAAACAAAUGUGUUUUCUUUCUUUCUUUCACAUUGCCGUCAAUAUAAUAUGUUGGACAGAUGUCAACUAAUAAAAGGACUAAAGCUUUAAAAUGUUUGGGGAUUGGUUUGAAUAAACAAAAGUGUUAAAAAAAAAUUCUGGCCCAUUAGGAGGAAUUAAGGAAGUCCGGUUCAGUGGAUAUGUUAAUCAGCUGAUAGGGCAACAGCUAAUGGUAAUAUUACCUGCACGGUUCUUUCAUUUGUACUUCCAAUUUGUUGUUUAUAGAAUAAAAAAGUGUAGUUAAAUAUCUAAAAACCUAAAGCUACCAGUGGUACAAUGUUUUGGUGAAUAAAUUACUUGAUGUUCCUUUCUUGCUUUUUUCUUUAUGAGUUAAUGGUCUGUAAAUAUAAAGGCUGUAUUUUGUGAGUUAGAAUUUUUUUAACUUAUGUUGGACUAUGUACACAUUUUCAAUUAUUCUGAAUCCAGAUCCUUCCUGCAUCCUUUCUCUUUUUAAAGAAAUACAGAGGUACUUCUACUUAUGUUCCCCUCUCGUUACGUAUCCUUCAGGAUACGCACGCGGCAAACCCGGAAGUAUAGUUCCGGGUUUUGCCACAUGCGCAGAAGCGCUCUAUUACGCCGCACAUGUGCGCAGAACAGGCACCUCCGGUUGUGGAAACCUCAGGAUCCGACCGGAGCUCCGGAAUGGAUCCUGUCCACAACCGGAGGUACCACUGUACUGCACUUGAUGCCUUUCCCCCCAAAACCAGCUUUGAUCCGAAUGGAAAAGGGGGGGGGGACUCAACCUAGCCGCAUAUUAAACUGAUAAUGUGUACAUAUAGAUAAUUAUAUAGAUUAAUUAUGAAGUUAGUUUUUUAUGACAUUAAUUAAUGAUGAAAUUAAUUUUGGUUUCAGGCUUCUAUAUUUAAAGGAGGGCACUGACAAAAAUAUUAGCAGGAUGAGAGCGAGUAAGAUUACAGUGUUGUCAAUGUUAAGGGGCUUAUGUUGUUGGCUUGUGUGCUUGCAGUCUGAACCUGUCGCUGAUCAAUAUGAUAGGCAGUAGUAACAAUUUAUUGGCCUUCUAAUACUUCUUUAGCUGUGUCAGCAAGCUUGCUGGAACCCUGUGCUAAAAUUAAUUUUCCGUUUGGAAAGCAAAUCUGUCAGUCUAGUAUGCACUGCCCUGGUUUGUUUGUAUUAUUUUUAUUAAUGAUGUUAGGUUGCAUCAUUCCUCAAAUCACAAUUUGUAAGAAGGCUUGGGCUCAAACAUAGUACGAAACCUUAUUUAGGUAUUGCAUCUAAAUCUAGCCCUAUCUCAUUAUAUAUAGUUAGCCAACUAUAAUAUGGAGAGAUCUACAGUAUAGCUAUUGCUGUAGUUGGUAUGCUAUGGCCCUUUGUGGGUUCCCCAUACCUUUCCGGGUACCACCACCCAAUUUAUUUGCAGGGUCAGUAGAAAUUGAUGUUUGUGUUAUGGCUGCUGGUGAAAACUUAGUGUGCAUGUGUUGCAAAUUAGUUUAUGCUAUCUUUAGGCUUUUGUGGCCUUUCUUUGAAACUACAGUAGUACCUCUGGUUGUGGAGGCGAUCCAUUCCAGAGCUCCGGUCGGAUCCCGAGGUUUCUGCAACCAGAGGAACCUCUUCUGCGCAUGUGCGUGCAACGAAACCCGGGAAAAAAACACUUCCGGGUUUGCCGCGUUCGCAUCCUGAAGGAUACGCAACCGGAGGUGUGCGUAUCCAGAGGUACCACUCACUGUAUUUGCAACUUGCAAUUGCUGCUCUUGGCUUACGUACUGGCAACCUUGGUUUUGAGCGGGGGUUGCAUUCUGAGCCAUCACGCGUCUUGGCAGAGCGUGCAUAAGCACACCCAUUACACCCCAUUCCCACUCCUUCCCCUGCCCCCGUUCUGCCCUUUUCCGGGUGUGAAAACAGCCUGUGUGUGCACAGACGUGUGUUCUUUGAAAGCAUGCAAAACAGGGGUAAACAUCCUUAAGAACAGAAGAUGAGCCUUGCCGGAUCAGGGCAAAGGCCCCUCUAGUCCAAUAUCCUUUUUCUCACAGAGACCAACCAGAUGCCUGUGGGAAGCCCACAAGCAACAGCACUCUCCCUGCUUGUGAUUUCCAGCCCUGGUAUUGAGAGGCACAGUGCUCCUGACAGUGGAGCUAGAUGCUAGAACAUACCCACCAUGGCUAACCAGUGAUAGACUUACCUUUCAUCAAUUUGCCUUUUUCUAUUGUAAAGCUCUCCAGUACAGUGACCAUCACUGUAUUUCAUAGCAUACUGCAUGAAAAGGUGCUUAACUCUUUUAAGAAGGUAGGAGAACCAAAAUAUCAGAUUAAUGAUUCCUUGAGUGCCUCCUCAAUCUGAUGUUUCGAGGGCAUGGAGGCAGAACAAGCCCUACUCAGUUAUGGACCACUCCCCCCGGCAUCUUUCUUCUCCCUUCACUAAUGUAUUUACAUUGUCAGGCAAAGACCCUUCUAUUGUCCGAGGCCCUUUAAUUCCAUCUUAAUCCUUUUAACAUCCUUUAAAUGUUGAUAUUAAUAUUGUAAUCUUUAGGAUUUGUUUUGUUUUGCUUUGUUUUUGGUGACUGGGACAUGUUUUAUCCCCUUAGGUUAUUUUAGCUUUCUUGUGACCAGGUUAUACCCUUUUUCUCAUUUCGGCUUCUGUAUUAUAUGAGUUUUAGUGUAUAUUUUGAUUGUAUUUUGUAGAUGUUAUGUUACUGAGCACAGUUAUGAUAAGUACUGUAGAAACUGAGAGGAACUCCACGUACUUCACACUUUAAAACAAACCCUGCACUGUUAGUGAGGUGAAAUAUAUUAAUAAUUUGACCUCUACUGCCCUUGCAUAUGAACUUCAUUUAUGGGGGAAAGGGUGAGUCUUUAAAAGUUGAACAUAACGCAAAUUAGAUUAUUUGCUUUGUAUUGGUUAAACUACUCAAACUGAAAAUUUAUCGUUUGUUACCUUACUAUCAAGGCUUUGAACAUCUAUUUGGAAACUAAGCACACAUACCUUUUUAGUGUUCUUGCAAUGUUGCUAUGGUAAUAGGAAAAUGUCUGCAUAGUUAACAAGCCAAUGUCAGGUAAUGGAGGCUUUGCAAAAAUAAGUUCAGCUAAGCAUUUGCCUGGGGCACUGAAAAACAAGUUGCCCAUAAAAGCUGCUUACCAACGAAAACUAUUUUAGAUGGAAUUGGAUUUAUACAGUCUGUGCAGUCCUCUGAUAUGCUAAUUGAUAUUGCUGUGGUUGGAGAGUUUGCAGAUGGCAAAUAACUGAUGUAGGGGAUUGCUGCAGAAUAACUGCUUUUCCUCCUUUCUAAAAAAAAACCCAAACAUGUUAUGCAACAGGUAACAUGCUUUAUUGUGAGAUAGCAGCACACAGCACACACAGUCAGCUGUCAAAAGUUAUGUUGCAGUUACAUUUUGUGCAUGUGUUUGUGGCACAUCUCACAAUGUUUUUCAUCAUGAGAGCUAUCGAUUCACAAAAUGUUUCAUGCUUUAUUUAAUAAAAUCUUUUCCCCUUCCUCUCUCUUUGAAAAUGGGUUCUCCAUUUGCACCAGUGUUAAAUAUGUUUAAGGCUAGCUAGGGUUCACUCUUAACCAAGAUUUGGCAUGCUGCUUGAUCACUCUGAAGAUCAGGCAGGGAAAUUACCUCUAAAGUGGGAAAGAGGUGGAAGUAAGGCACACAGCAAUGUUCCUGAUCUUUUCAGGAGCAGUUGAGAGAGACCCAUAUAUUUAAAAUGCACUGUCUAAUAGUUGCGGAACGGGAUUGGAUAAUGGUUUGCUUUUUCACAUGAGCUGGUACAGAUUUUGCACUGAUAUUAGUGCUUGGAAAUGGGGGGUGGUCAGUUCCCUGUCUUAUCCAUGAGAACGGUUGUGCACAAGAUGCAGUCUUCCAUGCCCAAAUGACACACACACACACCCGCUUUUAAUGGAAUUGCCGCAGUAUUGGUGAGAUGAAUGAGACUUUUUUUUAAAGGAGUGAGCACUUGAACAUUGAAAUGGUUACAAAAAUGCUAAAUUUAGUAAUAGCAAGAGAAUGUCUUUAAAGUAUUUUUAAAUCCUUUCCAAUUUUAAGGCCUCAGCGGAUUGCAGAAUGUUAAAAAUAGAAACUCUGAAAAGGUAGCUGCCAAACCCUUGUUUCUAAUCGUUGGACUGUGUUUGUCCAGAGUCUUACUAACUUUCUGCAACUCCAGCAACAUAUUUCUGGCAACAAGAGCCCCCUAAGCCAUGGGUAGGCAAAUUAAGGCCUGGGGGCCGGAUCCGGCCCAACCGCCUUCUAAAUCCAACCUGCGGACGGUCUGGGAAUCAGCAUGUUUUUACAUGAGUAGAAUGUGUCCUUUUAUUUAAAAUGCAUCUCUGGGUUAUUUGUAGGGCAUAGGAAUUCGUUCAUUCCCCCCUCCCCCCCAAAAAAUAUAGUCUGGCCCCCCACAAGGUCUGAGGGACAGUGGACCAGCCCCCUGCUGAAAAAGUUUGGUGACCCCUGCCCUAAGCCAUAGCCAAUAUAAGGACUAGAAGAAACAUUUAAGUUUUUUCCAUGAGGUUUUGUUUUGAGUUGCCUUCAUGUGUUCGCCAUCCAUGCAGAAAUACAAUCAAAUGUUUGGGAACGGAAACUGUUUAUCUGUGCAUAAUCCUGCUUUGUUUCCUCCAGGCAUGAAUCAAUCAUUGUGUGUGUGGGGGGGUGUUAAGUCAACUUCCUCUGCUGCUGCAUCUCCCAGCAUUCAUUGCACAUGUUGGGUGAUGGUAGUUCCUGUUGAAUAUUUGCCUGCUUUGUGGCCGAACACUUUCUGUCUUUGUUUAUGCUGCCGCUGCCAUACCAGUUUCACUGGAACAGUGCGGCAUGGAUGAUAUUUUACCCUGGCUUUUCAUGUGAAUUAUGCAGCAUGCUGUGUAUUUGAAGCUACAGAGCAAACCUCUGUCCAAACUCUGCUCUACUGCUGCGUACUGUAUGGACUUUGCUUUGCUAUUUUUGUGAAUGCACCAUUUCCAUUAAAUUGUGCCCUAUUAUUAAUUAAUGUUAUGGUUGCGUUAAUAUUAUGAUGUGGUUUGAAGCACAGAGAUUUUGGUACCAGCUCUGGAAAUUAUCAUUAACAAAAAUGCUAAUGAUGCCACAAGGCAAGCAUCACACAAAAUUAAUUACAAGUCCAUGUUUUAGAUGCAUGAGUGAAGAGUUAGCGAUAAACGGUUUUUGAAAUUAGAAAUCAAAAUUUAGAAUUAGAAUUAGCAAUGCAGUGGUGUUUUACAUAUGACAACUGUUAUGUAAUGUAAAUAAAUAAAUACUGUACUACUACUCUUUGGAUGCAUUUUGACACUUUGAUACAUUUGUGCUACUAAUUAAAACCACUAUUUUUGGUGCUAAAUAAAACUCAUUAUUAAAAGAUAAAGUCAAACUUUUUGUGAAUUGAUAUGACAUUGUGGUUUUUGAAUUAGGUUGUUUUACUGCACUAGAAAAAGAAACUCAAAACAACUUUUAAUGCAGGAAAUAGUGAUAUUUUUCAAAAAGGAGUCUUAUACUGUUGUCAUACCAAUCUUUUAUUUUUCAUAUGCAACUUUUUAAAGUGGUAAGAUAUAUAUAUUAUGAUUUAAGCCACAUUUCUUAGAAGGACGCGGGUGGUGCUUAGUCUAAACCACUGAGCCUCUUGGGCUUGCUGAUCAGAAGGUUGUCUGUUCAAAUCCAUGCGACGGAGUGAGCUCCUGUUGCUGUGUCCCAGCUUCUGUCAACCUAGCAGUUAGAAAGCAUAUCAGUGCAAGCAGAUAAAUAGGUAUCACUGUGGCGGGAAGGUAAAUGGCGUUUCUGUGCGGUCUGGUUUCCGUCACAGUGUUCCAUUACGCCAGAAGCGGCUUAGUCAUGCUGGCCACAUCACCCAGAAAGCUGUCUGUGGACAAACGCCGGCUCCUUGGCUUGAAAAGUGAGAUGAGCACUGCACCUCAAAGUCGCCUCAUUGACUGGACUUAACCAUCCAGGGGUCCUUUACCUUACCUUACAUUUCUUAGACAUUUCUUAGGCUUAGAGGUUCUUCAGGGUGAUUCCUAAAAUGCUUACAAUAAUAGAAAUUAAUAAUGCAAUAUUUUUUAGUUAUCAAAAUUGGUUAUUGUGCUCAAUUUUCUGGCCAACAAUAAAACACUGAUAGGAGCAUAACAAUAUUUUCGGUUUUUAAUUUAACAGUUUUAAUUUAACAGUUAAAUAAUUCAUUUUGCGACAUGUCAAAACUUUACACAUUUUUUUAAUUAAAAAAACAGUUUGGGUAACAGCACUAUAUUCUAAGCUACCUCGUGCAAAAACAUGCUAGUAAGACUCAUAUUUGUUUUUGGAACUGGAACUUGAUGACUUAUUGUCCAUGCAUAGUACAGUGUUGCAUACUGCUGCUUAAUACAAAAAAGAAAAAAAAGCUCAGGCAGCUGGUUAAAUGCUGCAGAGCUGACAAUAUUUGCAGUAUCCUUUUUGCAAAUAUGAAAAAGUGAACUAAGGCAGCUGUAUCGUUCUCCUUUCUGGUUGUGCUUUACAUAGGAUGAUAUUUUUCAUGAUUAUGUGCUCAACAUAUCUUAUACCUGAUGUUCUUUUGAGACAGAGAAGUUAUGUUCUAUCAAGCCUUUUUUCAAAUUCCAAUCCCUAUGAGUCAUUUGCUGGUUAAAAAGAUGCAGAUGUUUUAAACUCAUGGAAUUGUCCUUACCAUUGCAUUGCUAAGCAGCUGUCCCUUCAAGCUAGCUAACACUGACGGCUGAAGGGUGGACAGCAUGAACAGCAAGGUUUAACUUCCCUGUUCUUAUAGUAGAUCUGUGUUGUCUGAGCUCAUUUUUAAAAAGAAAUAUAUAUAUAUAUAUUAACAGGCUGUUUGGGACAAGGAAUGGAGGGCUUCCUGCCAAACCACUCAAUAUGGAACUUUUAGAUUCAAAAGGGCUUUGCAUAUGCCUUGGUUAGGGAGACGCACCGUACAUAAUGUAUUGUUUACCGGUGCACAGCAAAAAAAAGAAAGAAUCUUAAAUCAAAUUUUGACUGCAGCCAAAAGCUUCCUUCUGGUCCUCUUCCAAGUUCUCCAGAAUGCAGAGGAAUAUAAACUCAAUAUAAUUGUACAUUCUGAGUAUGUGUGCUGUAAUAACAUUUGCAAAAGGCAAAUGAUUCUGGAAGAGCGUUGCACAGUUGGCCUCUGACCUCAGAUGUGUGCCAUGUGAAGGCAUUUUUGUGUGGGGUUUUUUUAGGGGGGAAUUUAGGAAGCAUGUUAAAUGUGCACACAAACCCUCACAGUAUAUGCAUGCAAGCACAAUGCACAUAUGUAUUCCUGCCAAUAUGUGUAGUUAACAUAAGGAGUCUGCCAGUAUGGCUCCUCUUAUUGGCUAGGUGUCAUGGGAAAACACUAAGGCAAAUAGAGUAGAAAACAAGUUCCUAAUACACAAAGAACGUCAUGAUUCUACAUGGUAUUUAUUCAGUGGAAAAUAGUGCAGGAAGAGUCCAUCUUCCUGGAGAAACUUUAGAUAAAUGUUGUGGAGGACCUACAGACUAAUAUUAGUUACAAAAAGGAAGGUAAUGGAUUGUACUUGUAGUAAUUCAGUUUGUUUUUACAAUCCAGGAAAUGAUGACUACAGUGGUACCUUGGGUUACAUAUGCUUCAGGUUACAGACUCCGCUAACCCAGGAAUAGUACCUUGGGUUAAGAACUUUGCUUCAGGAUGAGAACAGAAAUCGUGCUCUGGCGGCGCAGCAGGAGGAGGAGGCCCCAUUAGCUAAAGUGGUGCUUCAGAUUAAGAACAGUUUCAGGUUAAGAACGGACCUCCGGAACAAAUUAAGUACUUAACCCGAGGUACCACUGUACAGCUACAGAGCAGCUUGGAGCCAUCCUUGAUGUUAACGAAGGAUGGGAGGGAUUUCCCAGUGCUGUGUCUGCUGCAGAUAUUUCCAUAAUAGGCUCAGUUGUGUUCAGUUUGUAAAAUGUAAGCACAGAGACCCCUUUUUGACACACAGUUUUUCGAAAUGCAGCCCUUCAUAUGCUAAGUUCUAUGUGCAUGGUAACAGUGCCUAAAAAGAACACUUGCUUCGCAUGCCGCCACCAUAAAGGAAUGUGCUUCACCUGAGAGAAGGGUGGCAAUAACCAUCCACCAACUUGCUUCUGUUGCAAAUUGCUAAGCUCUUUGUUACAAUGUACAUAACGUUGGCUGAAGUCUCUGAAUUGAUUAGCAGAAAACUUCCUGGACUGUAAUCAAGAUAGGCAAUCUGCAGUGAUCAAUUAAUUUGUAGCAAAAGAGACCUCCAAUUGUGUUAGUGCUUGGGCAAAAGUCAUGUGCCCCUUUCAGUUCCAGACCUGUUAACUAUUAUAAAUAUGAUUCCUUGCAAACCAUAGUGGAUUCAGAAUGUUCAGAUGUGUCUUGACAACUGUCAUGAUGCUAGAGUCCUGAGAAUACCCUGUGGUCAUUGGGUAACCAUGACCAAGGAGAACAUGGAAGUGAGCAGGUGUUGUUGGCUGUUUGGCUUAUCUCUUGAUAUCAUGUUAAUGCAAUAGUUUCCAUGCUCUUCAAAUAAUGCGGACAAAAACUUUAGCCAUAUUCUAAGGGUAUCUGAUAUCUGGGUAAUAAAAGGAAGCUAGAACAUGUUUCUGAACUGUGUAGAUUUCAGCGGCUUCUUUGCACAACAUUUGCUGCCAUAAAUGAGAGGUUAUUGUAUGGUACAUCAUUCAUUCAUUCAUUCAUUCAUUCAAUUAGAGCAGAAAUAUGACCUUGGAGCUCUUCAUCUGCACAGCACACACCUAUCCGAAGAUCUAAGUGAGAAAUAGAGAAUGUGAGGGGAAAUGAUGCAGAAUAUGAUUUACAAUCACUUUUGGCCAUUCCUUAAAUUUUCUUCAUUUAAGACAAUGUCUCAGAGAUACUAAUGAAUUAAAAACAAAUUCAGACAUAAGAAGAGCUCUGCUGGAUCAGACCAAAGGCCUUUCUCGCCCAGCAUUGUGUUCCCAUAUGACCAACCUGUAGACAGGAGCCCUCUCCCACUCAUAAUUGCCAGCAACUAGCUCCCAGAGAUAUACUACUGAGCGUGGAGGUAGUAUCUAGCCAAUGAUAGCCUAUUCAAGUGGGCAGCCAUCAUUACAUCUUUUAGUAGUGAAUUCUGUAGUUUAGCUCUUCUCGUGCCUCCUUUUGGCUGUCCUAAAUGUCUUUUGCCAUUUUGCUUGAUUGGGUUCAAGUAUUAUGAUAGAGGAAUAAAAAACAUUUCCAAACCAGCUUUCUUUAUACUAUGUGUAAUUUCACACAUCUCCAUCCUGUCCACCUUCUUUCCUUUUUCUGAACUAAAAAAGUCUCACAUUGUAAUUUUUCCAGAUAGGGAGGUUUUUCCAAUUUCCUGAUAAUUUUGGUUGUCCUUUCCUGCAGAUAUAAGAGGCAUUUUAUUUUUAUUUCAUUCAAUAUGUAGAAUGUGAGUAUUUGUUCAAUAAAGUGUUUAAUACAAACUAAGCAGCUUUAGUCUGUAAGCCUUAAAGUAGUUCCCUGUGUCAUUGUCAGCCAAUAUACCCAUGCACACAUUUUUUAAAGAGUGCAUUGAUUGAUUAUAUAACAUGGCAGAAAUCCCAAAUUUUAUGUACAGUUCUACAAAGUAUGAAACAGAGAAUAUAUAAUAAAAUUAUAAAACUGAAAAAGUGGGAAAGUAGUAAACCUCUACAGGUCAAACAUUGAUAUCCAUCUAGCCAUAAUGUUAAAAUGUCUAUAAAUGGUCUCAGAUUGUUUAUGUAUGUAUAAGCAUGUUUAGUGCACAGUUCUGGCCGAGUUUAGAAUUUGCAGAUUACAUAAUUCACUUCUUACAACUGCAUCCAAUAGGCUUCACACAUUAUCAGUUUUCAUUUUUAAAAAAUAAGUAUCUUUAAAAACAGCAUAUUGCGAACUGCAUUGCUCACCAGAUAUCAAUAAAGAUGCAGUUCCAAGAGAUAUCAGAUUGGGUUACAGAAGUGUAUGCCUCCUCCUUGUCCCUAUAUUAAGGAUAGAAUCUGAACGUGUGGUUCUACUUUUUCUUGAGCAAAUCCAUUUUUCCUUGAAAGUGAUACUGUCUUUCAAUACACAGAAGUGAUGUUUAAAAAUUAUGCUAGCACAGAAGACAAUGAUGAAAGGAAUGGCAGGAAAAAUACCCAAGUUAGUACAAUUAAAGGGGAUGCCUGGAGACAGUUGCUCCAAAUUAGUCUUUUGUAAUUUGCAGUACGUGGCUGGAUAAAUAUUUGAUAGUGCACCCUCAUGAAACAGGCUGUUGUCAUGAUUUCAGCUGUAAAGAGAGAGAGAGAGAGAGAGAGAACCUAUAAUUUAUGUGGAAAACAUGGAAUGCCAUUCAUGCAAACAUGAAAUCCAUAUCAAAACAAUAUAAUCAUAUGAGAUUUGUAAAAUUUCAACUGGACAACUGGGGAGGGAGGAUGAGAGAAGCAAACACAAUAAUCAGUUCUUACAGUUUCUUACUACAACCAGCAAGGAUUGAAACAGCCUGAUGAAAUGGCUGCUGCCAGGUGACAGCUGAGGUCUCUCUCAGCAAACCUGAUGGAAUAGCCUUAUUUUCCUUCUCUUCCAAUACUUUGCAGCCUGUCUGAAUAGCUGAUGCUAGGAGACUUGGGGGGGGGGAGCAAAAGACAGCUGGUUUCUCAGUGGAGCUAAUGGAAUAGAUGUUCUUCCAUUAUUUCCUUUUGCUGCAGCCACUGAAGACAGUGAGACUGAAAUAGAGGAUGUGUGGAAUCAAGGAGGAGUUGAAGGGCAGUGUGCACGCAUUUGCCAUCCACAUUGAACUCCUUUUCAUAGACGGAAGGUAGCCUCAGUUUAAGAAAGUGCUUAGCUUGUAUUUUAAUGAAUCAUGCUAAUGAGUUCCUUCAUUAAAAUAUAGUUUGCCUUAUGUCUGAUUUUGCACAGAAAUAGCAAAGACGAAAUAAAAUAGAGGUUGUACAGUAUCUGGCAAAGAAAUAGUGCAUUGUGUCUAUCCAUUGCAGCGGAGAAGGGCAGGACAUGCAAGAGGCUGGUUGAGUUUGUAGGAACUGUUGCCAAGAGGCAGAAUCUAGGGUUUAUGUUACUUGGUAGGAAGAGGAGGGGAGGAUUAAUCUUUAAGGCUCGAGGUAUGUAUUUUUCCAGGCCUUGGAAAAGCAUGUCACUUGUGUGGGCAGAGAAGUGUUUUUGCGCCUUGUGAUCCAGACUUGGGGAUGGUUAUUUAAAACUGUUGGAUGCCUUUGGAAUUAAGCAUGCUUCUCACUCCUGCCUCAUCCCUCAUGCUAAGAGAGGUGUGUUGCGAGAGACUAGAGAGGGAAGGCAGAUGCAAAGAUGGUGGGGUUUUUACAUCUGUUAAUUAUUCCAAUACAGUCGAACCUCUACUUACCACCGCCUCUUCUUACAGUCGUUCCAAGUCGCAACCGCGGCAAACCCAGAAGUAACCAGAAGUUUGCCGCCGUUCACGCAUGCACAGAAGUGGGCAAUUGCCGCCUGUGCACAACGGCGUCUCUCCCAGCAACCCGUUUCGACCUGUGGAUGGACCUCCAGAACGGAUUAUGGUCGCAAAUAGAGGUUCCACUGUAGUGUAGGGCACUGGGAAGAAGACUUUUCCACCAAUGAUUGCUGAUACUUUGCUUCAAAGCCAUUCUAUGAAUAUGCUAAAUCAGGCAACGUGGUAGCACAUAUGAAUCACGUAUUUCUGUAGCUCACCUUUCUUAAGGCUGCUUCACACAUUGUUUCCUCGUCUAAAGAGGCUUCUGUUAAAAAAAGGUUACCUCUAUGUGCACGAUGAACACAUGGGGAUAAGUGUGCUUCACCUGUGGCGUGCUCCCUGACGUACAUACACACAGCAGCAAGCGUUCAUUUGCCACUGCAUCAUGUGUCAUAUGGCCCGUAUGUGCAUAUGUGUGUUCUUCCUCUUUGCAUAUAAUAUAUUGCUUUCCUUAGAAGUGUGCCACAAUAUGCUCUUUUUGGUUUUGACUUGUAUUGAAGAUAUUUCAAAAUAUUGUAGGAAUAGAAACAAGUAAAAAUGAACAUUCCAACCGGAGUUUUUAAAGCCGUUAAGAUCAGCCAGGGUUUUUUUCACGCUUGUUUAAAGCCGCAUCCAGGGAAACCUGGGCAAUGGGGAUGGCCCUUCUAGGCUUGGUGCCGCAUAUUAUCUUCAUAGUGCAACAAGUGGCAAGUCUACGUUACUUUUACAUUAGCAGCAGCCAAGUUAAUUUGGCAGGGAAGAAUAAUGUGGAAAACAGUACAUUGAAAGGAUACAACUCUUUCCUGUCACUCAAAUAGCAUCAGGCUUGGUUGGUAAUAAGUCAUAUGGAAAUUGCUGGGGUUUAAUUUUAGGUAAACCUGUUUUGGGAUUGACAUCCAGUUUUGCUCUGGAACUGAAUAGCAGAUAAACAGAUGAGUGGACAGAGGAGCAUGUGUGAAGAAGUGCUAAACAUGUCUUUUUUCUGGAGUGGACAGUUAUUCCUCAAAUAGCUCCCUUAGACUUAUAAACCAGACAGGUGCAUUUGUUAAAUCAUCUUCUGAUGGAUCUGAUUGGUACAAAGCAAAGUUUAUUUACACCUCUCACCUUUUGAUGUACAUUCUGAAAGAUCAUGGGACAAUGGCAUUUCUCGAUUCAGUUCGAAGGUACUAGUAUAACAGCUCUCACAAAUACUUAUCUUCAGUUACUCUUAUGCCAAGGACAGGCAUAAUGUAAAAAGAUGCCAUCAUGAGCAGGUGGCAGUGGCCUGAUUUCUUCCUGCUUUUGCAGUUCUUUUGACAGAUGCAACAAUUUGAAUGGUGGCUCAUCUGCAAGUCUUGACCUUAGGUGCUUCCUGCCCUGGGCCAGGAGGUGGGCAGCUUUUGUGUUUUUAAGUACCAUGUGCCCUCAUGUUAUCACAAGGAAACAGCCUAUCAGCAUGGUUUUAUAGCUGACUGAAUCUGCAGGUGCUGCCCAGUCAAUAUGGGAGAAGUGGGGAGCUUUCCAAACGGGACUCACUGCUCUAAAAACAUCCCAUCUGCCUUACUUUUCGGUUAAGAGUUUUAGUUGAUUUUGCAUAUCUAGUAUGCAAAUAUGAUAAUUUAAUCCUUUAGCCUGUUGUUCAGCCAUUCAUAAAAAAAUGCCACUAUAAAAUUUUACAAUUAGCUAGCAAAAUACAACCAAAUAUGGUCAUGGUCAGAGCAAUAAUGCCAUAUUCAAAAUAGGAUGCUGUACUUACUAUAGGUGACUUCAGUGUUCCAAAUUCUGUUUCUGGGCAAGGGAGUGUUGAGUAUACAUUUAGUUGUUCAGGCCAGAUCUUUUGCAUUGUAUUUUAGUACCUGUUCCAGUGAUCAGUGAUUUAUUCUUAAACAUUUAGAUGACUGUUCCAUGCAUCUUCCUCUGAUACCACUAUAUUUGCACAAGUCCUGUCUUCAUAUUUGCCUUUAUUUUAUUUGCCACUUUCUAUUUUUGACAGCUUAAAUGAUCAUAGGAAACAUGUAAAGAAGGACUUCACUUGUUAAUAGAUUUUAGGAGUAGUGCAGGGUAAUAGUGGAGGGAAAGUCAGUAAUUUUUAAGACACAAUUAUUAUAUUAAUAAAAAAUAUAAACAAUAUAUUAUUAAUAUUGGCAUCAUUGCAUUGUAACUACCCAGAUUUAAGCUUGAUGAGGCCCUAAGCUACUGAAGGUUAUGGGGCCCUUUAUAUGUCCAGCUGUCCUUUGUCAAGAACAAAUUGUCACUUUUUUUGUGUUGAAUAUUUUAGGGAGCAGGCUAGCAGGCGGGGCCCAUUACUUACAUCAUAGGAGCCUACACAACGCAAAACACUGUUGCUGUAUGUAGGUUUUAUUUUAUUUGUUUUUUAUCUUAUAUUUUGGUAAGGUACAUCCAGUUCCCCCCCCCCCCUUUAAAAUUUUUUGAGGCCCCCCAAGAGAAUGGGGCCCUAAGCUAUAGCUUGUUUAGCUUAUACAUAAAUCUGGCACUGGAACUACCUAUGACCUUACUGUGGUUAUAACAGAACAACUUGGCAAGAAUUCUUGCAUUUAGGUUCAGAAUUUGGUGCAAGAGCUAUUGAGAAAGACAAAGUAACAAGGAAAACAUUGCUACGUUGAUGAAAAGAGUGGGUUCUAGGACAAAAAUUAAGCCAAUACAUAUAAUAUCAAAACAAUGAUACUGUAUUUAAUAAAGAUUCUCAAAUGACUUUUUUUUUAACUUGACAGUUCAAUUUUUAUUUUAUUUUUUGUUUUAAAGAUCAGCUUUCUUUCUUUCUUUCUUUCUUUCUUUCUUUCUUUCUUUCUUUCUUUUUGCAGAUUUGCCCUCAUUCUUCUCAGUAACAGUUUAUUCAUCUUUGCAUUACAAAUUUCUUGGAGUAGAUUUAGGCUUGCUGUUGUUUUGCAUUGCAAGCAGGAACUGAUUAAAAUCUCCCUCUGGGAAAAAAACCCCUUGUAAGUAUGGACUGUGUGGCUGCUGAAUAGAACAUCUUUUCCGUUCACUCUCAUGGUUGCUGCUGCUAUUCAUGCUCCGUUUUGCAGCCAUUAGAUAGCAUGGGGAACUGACUAUCUUAUGAGACAAAUAUAACUCCAUUAGUCAGCUUGCGUGGGUUGCUGAUACAGAAUGCAGUCAGUAAUUUCUCCUGGUGGAUUUUUUCAAGUCUGUUGCAUCCUGUUAAAGUGUGUCGAAAUGUACAUAUCCAGAAUUUGACACCCCCCUCCCGUUUCCUACAUCAGCUAGCUGUCUUCUUCUAAUGUAAUUGUAUUAAGAUACAUUGAGACUAAAUCUGUAUGACAUGUAAUCCCCAUGAGAAAAACACCUUCUGAGAUGUGAGUGCUUGCUGUGGCAAGCUGAGAUCCCGUUAGUGGAACAUUCUGUUGUGAAACGUUUGUUACAGGACCGAUCAUCGGGGAUCCCUUUUGGGACCAAGUAUAAAUAUUUGCGUAAAUAUAUAUUACUAGGCAUAUUAUACCAGAAUCACCUGUUUUGCAAGCCCUCUUAAUAAAACAGUAAUUUGUAGAGUUAUUGAAAGGAUAAGAAGGGUAAUGAUAAUGUACUUUGUCAGCUUAGUGGCAGAAUUGGGUUUUAAAGCUAGAUGACCCACUUGCAUUCCAUACGACAUUGCAACACACAGACAUAUUGUUCCCUUUUUAUAUUGAUGGGAGUUGGAGCUCUUGUGCAAUUCAAUGCAGCUCACACAGAAACCCUUCCCAGCAGACAGUGUCCUUUACUUUCGGAAAUGCAUGUCCAGAAUACUUUGAAAUCUUAUUAGCUUGCAUGGAUACCCUCUGCCAGUACUUGGGAAAUGUAAUAUGUGGGCCAAAUGUUCAAGUUAGUAUUUUAAAAAUCUCUCCACUUAUGAGAAACAGUUCAUCUUCCUAAGACCUUCAGAACAUGGGUGGGUGUGGUGUUUAAGGCUGGCUAUGUAUAUAUAUGUGGAAAAGGUGCGAUUUGAUACUCAAGUACCAGGAGUUCAGCCCAAUGUAAUUUAAACUAGGCACAAGCAUUCAACCAAAACCUCCUUUUAUUAGUGUUAAAGUGCAGUGUUUCAGUAAUACAGAAUAGAUUUAGAAAUGUUAUGUAACAAUAUUGUGCAGCCAGUUAACUAUUAGACAACUAGGUUUUCCUCCUAGUUGCUAAGCAAAGAGGAGAGGAGUUGUCAACGUUAAGAAAUCAUCUUAGGGGCAUUGCUGAGACUGCGAUACAGUCCUCUGUUUCUACACCCAGGAGCAGACCUAUUGGCCACAAGGUUUUAAAACUCUGAUAGCUUUUCAGAUAGUGAGGUGCAGACAAGUGCUAUGUUUGUCAUUGGAACUGUCUCUUGCUGGCCUGUGUUUGUGGAGCAGCAGUGUUUUUUGGACUAUGCCAGGGCUGGUUAACCUUUGUUGGCCUGAGCCUUCCAUGGACACAUGCCAAGCCACCCUACACUCUUGCUAGCACAGGCAAACUGCUUCUUCCUUAACUGAUUGGUGUGUAUGAGCUGAGGAGGCAGCUGAGGAGGCAGUUAUCACCCUUUAUCUUAUCAGAUGAGCUAGCAGAUGACUAGAGAUGGACAAUUUGCAUCCCUAUCAGGGCACUAGGCAGCGCAGAGCAUUCGCCACAGCAUGAUGAUUUCCUCCCCCUUCUUUUUGUUGUGGGAGGGAUCCUUGUGAGGGGAACAAAAAAUUGUUGGGGAGUGAAGCCCCUAUGCCAAGAGUAAACCCCCUAUGAACUGUACACCUGUGAUGGUGGGGUUGUUGUUGUUGUUUGCGGGGAGUGGAUUGAAUCAGAAGAAGUUUCCUAUGAAAACUAGGGUGAUUUGUGUCAGAAAGAAACUCAGCACCUGAACAUUUUAUAAGAGCAAACUAAUUUGGCCUGUUUAAUAUACUUUUAUUUAGUAAACGGCUCUAAGAACAUUGAAACGGCCCAGGAAUACCCCGCCUCCCCCCCCUCCAAAAUUGCAACUAGAAUCCAUCCAUUGUUACUAGUAAACAUAUGAAAUAGAAAAUUUUCCGUAGGAAUUUUCCACCGCACACCACUGCUUUACACUUAAAAAUCUGCCUUGCUGUUAAGUAUCAGAAAUAAUAGUUUGAAUCCAAACAAGUACUGCAGGACUCUGCUUGUGCCAUGGGGCCUCCUCACCUACUUCUCUCUGCCGCCUUCUGUGCCCUCUGGAAAGCUCCUAAUAUUUGUGCAACCCUCCAAAAUGGUGUGGAAUGUGACAGUGGGGGGGGGGGCGUGCAGCAUGGGGGGGGGUGUGAAUCAAUUUAAACCACGGAGGCCACUUUGCAUAAGCACAAGCCCACAUUUUCUAUGACUACUGGUAAUCUUUUUUACACCCAUUCUUUCUGUUUGUUCAGUUGUUCUUGAAAUUUCUCAGUACAGAUGCAUGAAAAACACACUUUUUUUAUUCUUCAAAAAAAGCCUACAUGUUGCUUUACUUUCCUAUAUUCUCAGAGCCUGGUUCAUUUUUGCAUUAUCUUCAGUGGUAUAUUUUGGAUGACAAGAGCCUAGUAAAUAGUUUAUUUUAUCUGACCAGCACUACCAUUCUACCCAUGGCAGUUGAAUCCCAGGUCAGGCUAACCAUUUUGCAAUGCCCAAGGUACAAAGACUACUUUGAGAUACUGUUAGCAGAUCUGCUAGAGUGUCUGUCCACAUGUAUCAUGAAAACAUGCCUUGCACACUUAAAGGUUAAUUUAGAGGAGUUAGCAAUAUUAUUCUUGGGAUCUUUAGACAAUGGUUGUGCACACAGGCAAAAUUGCAUUCGCUUUUAUAAUCUUGCUUAUUUUGGGAGAUUUAGCACAAACAAAUGUUAGUGUGUUUUUUCCAGAGGAAUAGCAUUGCUGCUAUUGUAGUUUUUAUAAAUUAAUGAAGGUUUAAAGGUGACAACAUGCCAAUAUAACAUGAGUUAGAAGCAACAAAAGCAGCUUCGCAGCUUGGAGCAUCGUUUGAAUAGAUCUAUAUAUCAAUAUCUAUCUAUAUACAAAAACUCUUUUGAUGUUUAAUUGUUUUUUAAUGGUUGCUUUUCUCUCUAUGUUUUUAGCUGUUUCUAUGUUAGCUGUAAGUCACCUUGAGUCCCUGUGAAGGAAAAAGGCAGGCUAUAAAUAAAUAUUAAAAUUACAGAAAUACCACUACAGAAUACAGAGGGUUAAGAACAUUGUACAGGGGAGAGUCAUUCACCCAUUGCCUGGACUGUGUACUUAGUUAUUAAGACAGAGGGGAGAGACUAGAGGCAGAGUCACUUAAUCAGGAAUUAUGAGGCAGAGUCUUGGAGAGCCAGCUUUGGUGCAGGAAACACAGAAGAACCAGGACUCGAGAAAGGCGGUAUGUAAAGUAGUAGUUUCUCCUUCUCACAUGACCAUCUAUCAUGGAUGCUUUUUAGUUGAGAUUCCUGCAUUGCGGGAGGUUGACUGGAUGAUCCUCAUGGUCCCUUCCAACUCUACAGUUCUAUGAUUCUGUGACCCAGAGGUAGAUGAGAUUGAGGGAAAACAGGAGAGAGAAGUAAGAAUGUUGGGGCACUAUUUGUGGUAGAUAUGGUAGUAGAUUCCAGAGUUUAUGGGACAUGAUAUAACCUCCUUGUGAUUGCCAUGUGCCUACUGCUUAUGCCAGCUUAAACCAUGAGGGCUUUCCCUGGUGACCACAGUGAUGCUCUCGUUGCUCGGAGCAAAGCCAGUUUAUACGCAUACUCUUGGACGGGGGAUGUACAGAGUUCCAGCUGAACUGAGCUCCUUGGUAACAGGAGUUGCUAGGCAACAGCAGGAUAAAUUCUGCAAGUUGUCAAUAUCUCAGGCACUUGUUACUUGGGUAGAAGGGCCCAGAGGUCCAGUUCAGACCAGCCUUGGUUAGAUUAUUGCACCCUUAUUCAACAAAAGAAUUCCUAAUGGGACUAAACCCAAUGAGUAGGAAAAUUCUCUCCCCUCCCCGAUUGCAUUUGUAUACAUCUAUGUUUUUGUGUUCAUACCUGUUAUGAAUUCUAUGCAGAAAAACACUUUGGAAACAUUAGAGUCACUUAAGUUCAGUAGCCACGUGACCACCGCAGCACCACUCUUCCCAGUAAGUAUGACAGGGUGAUUUGAGAAGCCCCAGAGCACAUGGGAAGAACUCUUCCCAAAGCAGUUGGUUUUGGGAAGAACCACAGUUUGGGCUUCUGUGUAAACUUGAAGUUAGGUGAUAUGACCUUAUGCCACCACAGAUAUGACCUUAUAGCCACCACAGUCUUUCAGCAGCUCUCAGUUAAGGAAUAACAUGAAUAUGUUCUCAAUCUUCAAGUAAAAUGGAUACUUUCUCCAGUGUAAGUAAGAAGACAUUCAUCUCAGGGAAGUGUUCACACUGAGGCUGGGAAGGCAGGGCUAAGACACCUUUCCUGAUAAGUGUAUGUGAACUUGUGGUCUGUUUUCUGUUAUUCACGUGGCUAGCUUUCUGAUCUGCAGAGACUCCACUGCACAAGGUUGUUUCCUGCUGUCUACCAUGGGAUAUUUACUGGAUGUAGCUUUAUGGCCUGCUAGAAGUCUGUUUGUAUAGUGUUAGAAAGCAGAAAGUAAUUUGGAUGGCAGUAAAGUUUCAUAGCUGUAAAAAUCCCAACUGUAAGCAAAGUUUAUGUAGCAGUUUCUCCCUGGUGCCGCGGUGUAUGCCUUCGCCUCCCCCUCAUCCAGCGUUCGCUGUUGUGUAUAAUAAGUUGUGGUAGCAGAAACGGGAACACAGACAUCUACAUUUCCUUCUUUUCAAAGUGCGCUGGUAGGGGAGCUUUCCUUUCCUCUCUUGGAAUGAAGGAACACACCAGAUGGACCAUUGAAGUUUUUAUGUACUACGGCGAAGCGCUCUCUAGAAUGAAGGCGAGCUCUCAACCCCCUACUGUAGUUUUAAGAAAGGCUGAGACAUGACUAAGUGGAAUGGAAAUGGGGAGAGCAUGUGGUGUUGUGUAUAUUUGGGUGGGGUGGGGGGGGUUAAUUUGUGAAUUUUCUAUCUCAAGUUUUCCAGAAAACUAGCAGUCCAUUGUAUGUGUAUCUUAACUCCUUUAUUGUUUUGCACACAUUUAUAAUUCAGGAUGAUUACAGACUAUCGGUAAUUAGGAGGUUUGUUUUCCAGCUGAAAAUGAAUUUUACUUUCAUAAAGAACAAUGCCAGGGUAGAAGUUGAAAGUGCUCAUUCAGCAUUGUGGUCACCAUUGUGGUUCCUUGCAAAAAUCAGACGCUUACUUCAGUUUGUGCAGAGUGGGGUGUGUGCAUCUCUACAGAAUUUGCUCCUACACAAUUUGCUCCUACACCACUUUUAAGUUUUAAAGAAUAUAAUGUGCUGUAAAUAUUGUGCUUGAUGUGUGUGUUUUUAUGUGUGUAUGCCUUCAAAUGUACCUGUGGUAUAUUUGGAAGGCCCUAUUUGGAAAGGAAAACAAGGCCCUUAAAACCUAAAUUGGUCAGUUCCUUGUCAUUUUAAGGCUGAAGCGACGGAGGAAAGAGAUGUUUAUUUCCUUAAAAUGUUUAUCUCCUGUUUUUUGAAGUGAAAAGAAUGAAAAGGCAGCUUACAAAUCUGAAACCCAAGUAUGAUUUUAAAACAAUAAUCAAAACAAAAGAGAACACAACAGCAAAGAGCAGAACAGAGGCAAAUGUUAAUUAACUCAUUGAUUAGCAGUUUUUUAAAAAACAAACAGCCAAGCAAAAGAAUCCCUUCAUACUUGCGAGGCCCCAGAGGCACUCUGGAAAAGCACAAACUUUGCAUGGUGUCUCUUUAUUGGAAUUCAAUAAUGUUUUGUUAUAUAUAAAUAAGGGGAUUACUUAAAUUGCCAUAAUGAAAAACAUACUAUUUGUUAUUAAUCUGCUAAGUUCCUACAUCUUUGUCAAGCAUCCUGUUAGUUUCUCUGUAAACAGUAAUAUUUCACAUAUUUACUCCAUUCUUUCCAGAAAUCAAGAAUGUUUACUCUUGUUUUGCAUGACAUACAAGUAAUAUACAAGUUUAAUUUUAGCAAGCAAAAUCUCAAAUGUCAGUGCAUCUUUUUGAAAGUUUUGCUAUGAAUAUUUUUGAUAAUUACUGUGGUGUCACUUACAGAAUAUAACUACCAAAUGAUUAUAACUACCAAAUGAGACCCUUCAUAUCUCUUAUUAAUAAUUGUGUCCAUAGGAAUAUUAGCAUGUAUAAUUGGGUUGAUAAACACCUGAAUCAUUUGUCAAGAAACUCUGAUUUUGAGACACAUCCACAAUUAAUUAUUUUGAGGGGGGUGGGGUGUGCUAUUAAUAUAGCCCCAUCUGUAGCAUGUACCACCAGACAUUAGAAAUGUCAGUUUUAACCAGUGCUUCUUUCCCUGAGGGUACUCAAAGGUUUUCCCCUAGAAAAAAAGCAUUGGUUAAAAAUGUGGCACUUACUGUAACAACUUCACAGUGAGUUUUCACCUGGUUUUGACCUUGAUAUUAUUCACUGGGAAGUUAUAUAACUUUUUUAAGUUUUAAAAUGUGUUAAAUGUUUUUAAAGUGGUUUUUUUAAUAAAAACUUAAAUAUAUUGUUUCGCUGUUUCAGUUGCUUUUCUGAGCUCCUUUGAGAGGAAGGUUGGGAUAGAAAUUUAACAACAACUUAUAGGGUGCACUGCUAAGGAAUCAAUUUGCCUAGUGUCUGAAAACCAGGAAAGAUGGGCAGAGUGAACAUCUUGAAAGCAGGGCCAGGGGGGAGUUCCAUAGUGUGUCACAGCUCAAAAGUUCCCGCUUUGGGCUAUUUUCCACCAUGUUCCAGAUGACAGAGGGGCAAGGUGUAGGGCUUCUGAGAAAGAUCUCAAAUUACAUGUAGGUUCCUUUUGAAAGGGGUGGUUCUUAAGUUAUUCAGACCCAGGACUUUCAAGUUCAAACUAGCACUUUGAAUCUGGCAUGAAAGCCAAUGAACCUUUUAAAAUAUUUUCAUUAUAUGUUCCCUCUAGCUCUCUGCGUCUUCUUGAUCCUAUGUUCUGAAUCAGUUGCAGUUUCUGAUAACUCUUCAAAGGCAGUCCCAGGUAGAGUGCACUGCAGUAAUUUAGUUUCUAUGUGACUUAAGGAAUGAAUUACCAAGGCUUAAGCCAUUCUUAUCUAGAGAGGUUGCAGCUGGCAUAUCAGUCUAUACUAUAGGAAAGUGCACUUGGGUUUAUACACUGAAAAGCAAUAAAACUUCCCAUUAAAAAAGAUAAAAAAGAGAAAGUGGUCUUGGACACUGCAGUUUUGUGGGCAUUUAGGAGCAGUUUGAUCCAAGAGAAUAUCCAAGCUGCAAAUGUGGGUCUUUAGGAUGCAUACUGCCAGUGUUAGAAACUCAGAUAUAUAAGCUAAUCGCCAAAUGGCACCGUAAUGUUACAACAGAAUGACUAGGUACCUUUUUUUGCAAUGAAAUAAUUUGUUGUUGUUGUUAUACUGCUUUAUAAUUAAAAGAAAAAAAUCUCAAAGUGGUUUACAACACAUUAAUAUAUCAAAUAAAAGAAUCCAGAAUACUGUAAAAUAAAUACAAACUUCAAGGGAAAUAUUUCAGAUCCUUCUCUAAGUGACAUUUCGCUUUCGUCAUAUUUAUUUACCUACUUCAUUUAUAUAGCUUCCCCAUAGCAGAAGUACUCUAGGAAGCCAGUGUGGUGUGGUGGUUAGAGUGUUGGACUAGGACCUGGGAGAUCAGGGUUCUAACCCCCAUUCAGUCAUGGAGCUCACUGGGUGGGUGACCUUGGGCCAGUCACAGCCUCUUAACCUAUCUCACAGGGUCGUUGUAGGGAUUAACUGUGGAGGGGGGUGAACCAUGUACUCCUUGGAGAAAAAGAUGGGUAUACAUGCAGGAAAAUUAACUCUUCUGCUCACCUAUUUAAGAAAGCUGGAGGGUCUAAAUAGAUGGAUAUUUCAGUCACCAACCUGGCAUCCAGAGACCUCCACAUAGUUGCAGUUGGACCUGCGCCAGUCCCAAAAUGCAUAUGGCGCCUGGCGAAUUUCUAAUACUGCGUGCAACCCCAUCUAAAGCAGGAGGUACACAUACUGCAGAAUCACCCAUGUUAUCAACCAGCAGCUCUGUAUUGUUUAGAUUAACUUUGAGUUUAUUCUCCCUUCUCUAAAUCAUCAGUGAGACCUGAGACAUCUUUAAAAAAAAUUCUCUGCAUCCCUAGGGUCAAAUGGAAAAGAGGGAGAAUUGGGUGUGGUCUUAUAUACUCAAGGCAUUGUAUCCCACACCUUAGGAUUACCUCACCUAUCAGUUUCAUUUAAAUAGCAUGGGAGACAAAGUAGUUUCUUGUGGCAACCUGCAAGCCCAAGGCCGCUGAUGUGAGUGACACGUCUCCCGACACAGUUUUCUGAGAUCUGUUCAGAAAGAAGUACUUGAACCACUGCAAAUUAAUGUCCCUACAGUUCCAUUAUAGCAAUGCAACCCAGAAGGACACCAUGUUUGUUCCUUAUGAAACCACUGAGAGAUCCAGAACCAACUGGAAGGGUUCUCCUCCUCCCCCAUCCAUCUGAUUGAAUAAGAUCACCCAUCAGGGUUUCUCCCCCCAAACGGGAUCAUGUAAUUCAUUAGAGUGAUAGCUUUUACUACCUUUCCUUGAUUUAGCUGUGUCCUAAGAGAAGAAAAACCUAAAAUAUGUUUACAUAUGAGUAGUUCUAUUCAUAGAAAUGCAUGUUUUCUAAACACAGUUGACCAGAGCCCCUGUAUUGAAUUUAAAAAAAUCAGUUCCUUGUUUGUUCCUGUGUUACAAGUAGACCAUUCCACAGUACCAACUGAAAUACUAGAUACACUGUAGUGAAAGGGCUUCAGGAUGUCUUGUGGUGGUCCGUAUAUUUAUUUAUAUAAGUGAACCUAUAUUUCCGUUUUCGGGAAGAAAACAAGUUAGGAAAUAGCAAAACUAAAUGUAGAGAAAACCAGUGUGUGUUAGAGACGAGCCAGAGACAACAAACCAUCAGCGCUAUUAAAUAGUGCUGCUUUAUGCAUUCUGAAACGUAUUACACUGGAUGGAUUAUCCAGGCCCAAUGUAGGUUUAUGCACUUUCCAUAUAAAUUGUGACUGCACCUCCAUUGUAAAAAAUGAACAGCUACUGGUUUAAUUGCUCCCUACUUCAGACAGUUGAAGCAAGUGCACAUUUUGGAGAAUGCCAUGUAGGUGUGUGAUGUUGUAUAGAAACAUGCAAUCAAAUAUGUACACUCUAAUUUCCUUUCAUGUCACUGAUGGGGGGAAAAAUGCUUCAGCUUGCACCAGCCUGUGAAUAAAGUGGAAAAAUGCAGAUGGUAAAUUAACUUACUUGAAAAUAGUAUCUGGUUGAAGUUGUGGCUAUAAAACAAGUAGAGACAGUAUAUUUGCUCUUGUGGAAGACACUAGUCUUUGAAUUUGCAAAAUGUACUAUUAAAACCGUUUGUGCACAUUUCUGUAGUUUCUUCUGUUAGUGGGUUUCCCCCCCUAAUUUGGCUGUUUUUUAAAAAAUCAUAUUGAUUGAUAUUAACUGCUUUCCAGUGCAUUUUAAUAUAUCCAGGCUCAGGUAAGUAAACAAUUGGGGUGGGCUGAUGGUUUACCUUUUCCCAUCCUCACAAUUUCUUACCAUCCCUCCAUAUUCUUCAGCAAAAUAGUUUUCUUCUCUUGUCCAAUGAAGUGUAAAGCAGCAGUCUCUUAUCACUGUGUCAACUUUUAGUGUCCACCACAUCCGUAUACAAGUAAUAACACUGUACCACUUUUUGUUGUUUAUUUCUAAAAUUUAUAUGCUGCUUAAUAUAAAAAGAAACAUCUAAGCAGCUUACAUAAAGCAUAAUAAAAUCAAUAUAAAAGCAUGUAAAACAGAGCAAUCAAAAACUUUUCCAGAGUAGAAUAAAACUAUAAAUAAAAUUGAGUAUAUAAAAAAGUUGUCUUAAACACAGUGCUUUUUUUCUGGGGGGACACAGGGGUAUGCAUACCCCUAAAAAUUUUGUGAAUCUUAAGUUUGGCCUCAUUAUGGGGCAGUAUUUCAAUAUGAGUAGGAAAAUGAGAGUACCCCUAAACAUUUUUUAGAGAAAAAAACACACUGGGUAAACACAUAUGUCUUUAAGAGGCACUUAGAAAGCUUAUUUCUGUAUUGUCACCAAGUGACAAUCCACUGGUCACAAAGUGGCCAGCAGGGUUUUCUUGGAAGACCUUAAGGCCUGGUUUGGUCUGGAGGAAGCAGUCUUCUAGGUACCAUGGUCUCAAGUUGUUUGGAGUUUUAAAUGUCAACACCAAAACUUGUUAGCUAAUAGGCAGCUAGUGCAAGAUGUUUCAACACUAGUGCACCUGCAACCCAAAAUUGUAUGUUUCACGGUGCUCCAAAGCAGCUUCAUUUUGUGCUAGCUGCAGCUCCCAAAUUAGGCACAAGGUUAGCCCCACAUACAGUGCAUUACAGUAAUCUAGAUUGUGUACAGCACAUUACAGUGCUGUCUGCAUGGACCACCGUGACAAGGCUGUGCUUGUCCAGUAACUGUUGUAGCCAAAGUUGAUAAUAAGUGCUCAAAGCAAGUGAGGUCAGUUGGGCAUCUUGUGACAGUGAUGGAUCUAGGGGCACACCCAAACUGCAUACCUGCUCCUUCAGAGGAGGUGCACAAGUGCAGGUGCACAGCCCAAUUCCCACACCUGGGAAUGAACCAUCCAUUGCUAAGAUUCAUUUGCAGUUUAUUAGCCUUCAUCCAACACAUAACUGCAUCCAGACACUGGUUUAGGAUGUGCAUGACCUCUAAUUCAGAUGUUGCGGAGAAACUGAGCUGGGUCCCAUCAGCAUACCAGUGUCUCUUUGUUCUAGAUCUAAUGAUGGCCCCCAGUAGCUUCACACAGGUGUUAAAUACCUGUGGCAUUCCACAGACCAGCUUUCAUGGGAUUGGGGCACAGUCAACAUUUCUAUUAUUUGGAACCAAUCCUGUAAGUGGAAGUGAAAUCACUGGAGGAAAGUGUCUCCAACCCACAGAGAUCGAAGUUUUCAGAAAGAGGUCUUUCUGGAGAUGCCAGGGAUUGAACCUUGAAUGUUCUGUAGUCAUAGCACAUGUUUUACCCUCUGUGUUGUGGACCUCUAAAUUUGAGUUAGUUUUAAUGCUCGUUACAUAACCUAGCUAUUGCCGCGGCUGGAACUGUUUAAGCAAUAUGAUCUUGUCUGCCGUAUUUACAUUUGAGUAUUUGCAUUUAACUGUUUGAUUUGGUGUGUAUUUCCUGGUGUGUGAGAAGCUCAUACAAAGAAUGACUUGGGCUCUGUAAACAGACAUAAAUAUACCAAGGCACCUUAAAAAAUGUAUGCUUCCAUGCCUUCUACAUGUAAAAUAGCCUGGGGAACUAACAUUAGAUAUCUGUAUGAAUAAAGAGUGCCACGUUGUUUUAGUUUAAUGAAGAACCAAUCAGUAUUUCUCAAGUCACUUUCACCUCUGUCCUGCUUUAAACAUUUACUUCCUCUCCUCCUCCCGACUCAGUGCCAACAAACUGCAAAAGAGAAGUUCGUAGUGACUUUCACAUUUAUAUCUGUGCAGGGGUCAAAGGGAUAUUAAAGAUUCUUUUAGUGCAGGUGCUCCCUUCCUCCCUUGUUUGCCAUCUCCCUUCCCACGGCCUCUCUUGCACAAUUGGCCUCCCUUUGCUGAGAUCAGCACUUGGGUUGCAGAAAAGUCCCAGUGAAAAGAGGAAGGGCUCUGUUAUCUUGGUGGCUUCUUUUCGGUAACUGGUGUCUCACUCUCAGGGUCGUGGGAAGAGAGACUGAUGGGGUUGUAAGCGGCAACUGCAGUGAGAAAGUAAACUAGGGAUGGGCAUGAAAGGCACUGUGCAAGGUGGAAACGGAGGACGGUAGAGGCCAAGGCCACCAAGGUCUCAUUUGAGUCAUCUGCCUGCUGGGUAGCUAUUGUUUACCACACAGAUAGGCAGGUUUAGCUGGGAGAAGAGGAGAAUAAAAAAUACCUAGCAUUGACCAGCACAUUCCAAGAGCACUUCACAUAUGUCCAUAGUUAUCCUUGCAACAGCCCUGUUUGAUCUGUAUUAAUGCCAUGCUGCAGGAACUCUAGCCAGUGAAUAAGCAUAGCCAGAGGAUUUAGAAAUUACCUUCCCUCACUGUUUGAACACACACACCAAACACCAGACUGUUUUUUGCUGCAAAUAGCAGCUUGAGGUUUUCAGCAGGAAAACAUCACAGGGCGAAAGCUUCUUCAUGUAUUUUGUGCAUAGGCUUUCCCCCUAUAGACAUAUGGGUCUAAUGUGGGGGUGUUGGGAGGAAGCCACCUGUUAUCGGAUGUGGGGCUUAACCACCCCUUUCUUUGUGUGGACCCCCUUCAUGUGAGUUAACAUAUGAAGUGGUGAAGGAGUUGAGCACACACACAAUUUCUAUCUGGGUAAGGAUUCCUCCACAUAGCUGAUGAAAGAAGAUUGAGAUUAUAUUCUAUCAAGAGAUUCAAAGAGAUGGCUAGCAUCCUAUCUAACGUUGACACUUAUCUUUCAGACACAACCAGUCUGUUGAAUGUAACAGAAUAUUAGAGAAAAGAAUAUUUUCUCAUGUUAGCAACCAAAGUAACACAAAGAAACUGGUUCCCCAAUUGGAUAACUUUUUGAUCAAGUAUUUUAUACAAGUAUUUUCCAGUUAAAAUAAAUUAGCUUGUUCAUCCUAUAUAUAGAUCUAUAUAAUCUAUUGUCUAUAUAUAAUGUAUUAAAUUUGUGGCAGCGAAACCACUAACACUGAUUGAGCUGGCUUGGCAGUUUGGAACAUUUGGUUCCUUAAGGGAAAUAAAUAGUUCACAAUUCAGUUUCUGUGCAGGAAGGGAAAAUAAUCAGUUUGAGUGUUAAAUAGUUAAAACCUCAUACAGGAAGCAGGCUGAGGACUUAAAUAAUCUAGAGCAAGUGUCACCAAUAUUUUUGGGCCCAUUGGCAAAUAGGAGAAACAGUUGUGUGCGCCACACACAUAACAAGGAAACAUACACUGCAACCCAUCUGUUGGGUACAAUAUAAUUCUUCUUCUUUCAGACCUACUUGCAGUGGGGUAGGAGAGCCUAUAGGUAGCAGGGAAGGCUUCUGCAAGCACAAUGUUGGCUACCCCUGAUUUGGCCUUUGCCAACCUCCAUGUGUUUUGGACCGCAACUUCCAUCAGCCCCAGCCAGCUUGGCCAAUGACUGGGGGUGAUAGGAAUUGCACUCUCAACAUCUGGAAGGCACCAGGUUAAGGGAGGCUGAUACAGAGGAUGGAGGCUAAAAUGGCCUAACAUGAAGGCAAGGGAGUUGACUAAUGAGAUGUGUGAGGGAAAAUGCAGGAACCUGCUUCCUUCUCCCUUCCAGAAAUAAGUCUCCUGCAACAGUCAGCUGCUCUGUUACUACAGAGAAAACAGGACAAAUAGUUUGGCCCACAGGAAGAAGGGCAACUGGAGACACAUUUCUCCUCCCAACAAUAAAUUCUGUCUUUUCAAAUGUAUAUGUGCAUGCUACUCAGGACUGUGAGAUGGAGCAGGAUAUACAAUGGAUAUACAAUGUAAGUGAUUCCAGUUUAUGGAAUUCUUCAGCUGAUAGUUUCUGAUUGGCCUAUAAAUGAUACCACACAGCAGACAAAAUGGAAUGAACCAGUUUAGACAGAAGCCCUUAGAGGUGUUCCUUGAGUGAAAGGGGCUCCACUUGAGUGAAGAAUAAUGGGGCCAUCUGACUGACUGUGGUCCUGACACCACAUCCAUCCUCCUGGUUCUGCCUAUCCCCAACUCCAGAACAUUGAGCAAAGCUGCCAAUGUAACAAGUGUGACAGUUUUGCAGUUGGGGUGUGGUUGGACCAUAUCGGCUUUCCUCCGCAAGCUGCACUGUAAUGUCCUCACCUCCUGGGUGCGGCUCGUCAAAGAAAUACCUAUAAUGGACAAGGACAACAGUUAACUUGCCAUAGCAAAUUAUCUUGGCUUGUAAAAAUAUCCCAUUUGUUUUGCUAGCUGUGGUGAGCAGUAAUUAAUUUCUGACCGUAAAAUCUUUUUCUAAACAUCAUCAUUUUGCUUCCUUUCUUCCCCCUUGCUCCCUUUUAGUUUAUUUUAACACUGCUACUUUUGUUAUCUGCCAUAUACAAUCAAUGUGGCUUACUUGUUAAAAUGACCACAAAUGCCUUGCAAAAGCUCAUUCACGGUGUAAAGAUCGUAACACUCUUAUCAUCAGGGAAGAGUUGCCUUAAUCUGAAGAAAACCUUUAAAGUACCUGCCAUGCCAGAUUCUGGUACUGAGAGGCAAAAAUAAUUACGAAUGAUUAAAACUGACCACAAAUGCCAAGUGAGAAUUUCCUUUGCAUUAAACUAGAGUUCUGUAACUUGCAGUGAGAGCUGUUCUGAAAGAGAGAGUAGAAGAGCAUUUGACUUUCUAAACAUAAUUAUUCUGUAUUUUUAGAAAACAACAUAUUUCCUUUCAGACCGGGUGUUGUUAAAGUACUUUUUUAAUGUCAGUUUUCUUUAGCUUCAGUCAAGUCUGCCAAAGUCCAUGUUCUUGUUCUAGGCUUGGUAAAUUGGCUGGGAAAGUUACAUAGCCUUGUAUUUCCGAGUUUGGGAUCUGCUGGCUUGGGGAAUUAAUAUUAAGAAUAACAAAUAUGUAUUGUGAAUGAAAUGCUUUUCAUUUGUUUUCUCUACUAUAAUACCAAAUGCACACAGGUGCUUCUCUAGUAAGCACAUGUUCAGUGAGUAUAAAUUGAUAAAAUGAGACAUGCAAAUGGUAUCUUCACCGAAAACUGUAUAGUGAAAGUGACAGGUGUAUCUCCAUGGGGAGGGAAUUCAACAACGUAGGCACUGCCACAGGGAAUAGGCUCUCCCAGGCCGCUGCCACCCCUGAAUUUCUGAGGGCAGCAGAAGUACCAAGAGAUUGUCACACCGAAGAGAGCCCAUAGGGAAGGAGGGGGAUCUCUCAUGUUUUUAGGGCCCAAGUUGGUUAGGCUUUUAAACACUAGCUUGUAACAUAACAGGAUAUUAAAAGUAAAUACAGCUUUAGAUUUGCAUGCUUUCUCCUUUUUCUCAUGCCAGUGAAGGAGAAAAAUUCAAAUCAUUCACUUCCCAUUUUAAACAAGUCACAGUUCCCUGUGAUAUCCAGACUCCAGGAGCAAACCAUGGCUUCAGAUUCAGACUUGUUCUGAAAACAUAAUAUUGCCCAACCAUGGUUUUCUGUAUUCAGACACGUGGAAACAAUUGAUCAUUUAGAAUGGAAGCAGAAGUUUCAGAUCUCCUCUUCUUGUCCACCAGGGAAGAGUGGAAUGUGUGUUACAUCUAAACUGAACUUAGAGAAUAAGCAGUCCAUUUCACAAACUUCCUCUUUACCUGAUAUAUCGUACUGCUGCUAUCUUUCGGCAUAUCGGAGAGGUGGUAUUGGUUUUCUCCUAUGAAGGAGGAUGCUAAGCCUCUUGAAUCUAUUCCACUUCUUUGACUGAGAGUUAAAUCAAUCAAUUUAUUUAAUAUAUUUAUAUCCCACUCUUGACUGAAGGUCUAUAUAUUAUUACUAUGUAGAUUUUCAUCCAGGCAUAUCUCAGUAUCCUUUAUCUUUUGCGAGCUGGGUUGUAGCACAUGCCUUUUAGGUCUUAAAAGUCAUCUUUAUGAGCAGGAAACCUGAGGUAGAAAAUAUUGAAUGUUUAACCAGAAGUAGGACCUCACCUAUAUUCCAAUUGGUUCACAGCGGCCAGCGGCUAAGCCAACCAGUAUUAAUGGUGGUGGGCAUUUGCAAUGCUUCCCCAGGGUUUUGUGCUUCUUCCCAAUAGAAAUUAAUGGUAGUCAUUUAUGUUUACGAGUUGGAUAAAAGUAUUGAUGGACACCAUGGGAACAGAGGAUAUAAAGGCCCUGGAAAUCCCAGUUUUAUCCCCUCCCAACUACAGUAUGUCCCAAACCUCAGUCCCUUUACGCUGCUCCCAUAUAACUUGGAAGUAGGUACUGAGACUCGUCAGUCCUUGCUACAGAUCUCAGGCCUUGGUUCUGUUGGUCACCCUGGGCUAGAAGGUGAUGGGAAUGUAGGAAACUUUUAUAAUGAUACAGUUCCAUUUGUAAACCAUCUAAUAAUGGAAUUGGAAUCAAUACAAUUUAUUUAUUUUUUAAAAGAAGGAGCCUCUUUGUCAUUGGGUUACAAUCUAGCAAACACAGCACAAAGACUUUCUGUUCCGGGAUAUAGGCUUCUUGGUGGCCUGUCCCCCGCUUGGUGCAGGCGGACAACAGACACUUCCUUCCUCUUCCUUAAAUAAAGAUCCUCCUUCCCUAAAUAAAAGUAGCCUUGUUUAUCUUUGACUGCUCUCGGGAGACUUGUCUUUUUGCUGGCCAGAGGUUAGAACUUUGCUUUAGCAAGUACAUUUGUGUCAUAGCUAGCGGAACAUCUUGUACUGCUAUCUGACCCGUUUGCCUGAGGGAAGUAUUGUUUGAUGCCCUGCAUACUAAGCAAUUGUCCAUAGGCUGUGCGGAUUGCAUCCGGAAUGUUAUCAGGAUCAGAACACGAGUUGUCAUUUGCGUGGACUAGAAAACAAUUGGCAGCCCCUGGUAUCAAUUGAAGAUUGAUACCAAGAGCUCAUAAGCAGAGGGUGAAAGACAUACUGGGCCCAGAAUCAAGUAGAUCAAAAUUGUCUGCACAUUAACAGAGCCCCACAUGGCAGCCCAUAUGACAGCUGCUAUGAUAGGAUAAGGUCUUGGUUAUCAUACAUAGCAUUUUUUUUCCAAACUACCACAAUCAUUUUCAGAAGAGGGUGGAGCAGUGGCUGAAACCUGGAAAGGAUGUGGUGUUUCCGCUUUGAUCUGAGAGGGCCUGGUACAGAGACAUAGAUAAAGUUAUCUUUCUAUUAGUAAGUGAGAAGCAUAGUAAAUCAAGUUGUUGUAAGUAGUGUCCUCCUUUUAGUCCAGCAAAAAAGAAAGAAAGAAAGAUGCUAUACUUUUAUUACUUUUACUACUCUCCUAAUGUGAUUGUCAAAUAGUGAUCCAGGAAACCCUCAAUGAGAAGAUAUAUGCAAGCUUCUCUGGAAGAUGCCUGGCCCAUGACUGCUGACCAAUGUUCCCGGCGAGUGGAACUACAGUAUAGACAGAAGUAGUGAUGAGAUUGCAAUGCAUCAGUGCCCAGCAGGUUCAAGAAGCACACAGCACACAAACACAUGUCUGCACAAAUAUAUCUUAAUAGCUGCAGCCAGGUAAGUAUUGUUACAGAAGGAAGUGUCGCCUUUGGGAUGUGUACAGCUACUCUGCAUCUCUUCAUAUAUGGUUAAUGCUUAAACAAUAGAGCUCUGUGUUGGUUGGUUGAAAUAAUUAAAUGUUUUCCUUUUUUUAAUAAUCAAAAUGAAAACAUAAUUUACCUUACUUUAACAAAAACCUAACACGAGGAGCCAUGAGUGUUUGUUAGCAAUUGGUAAAUUGUUCUAGAUCAGGGGGAGGCAACCUAAGCGGCCCAAGGGGGGUCGUUUAACCAGCCCACGACCCACCCCUGAACCGAGCCGCCUGCUUGGCGAGUCCCUGCACACUGUACUAAACUGGCCCAGCGUGGGGACUCGCUUCUGCGGUGCCGGAAAUCACGUCUGCACAUGCUCAAAUGCCGAAAAUUGUGUCUGCGCAGAUGUAGAUGCCAGAAAUCGUGUCUGUGCAGACGCCGGAAAUUGCGGCCGCGCAAUCCGGCCCAUGGAGGGAUCUCCGCUGGAGUGAACUGAUCCAGGCAAGGUAAACCUUGCCAACCCCUGUGCUAGAUGAUCUUGUGUCUUGCGAAUUAAGGUGCUGAGUACAUAACGUUCUUUAUACAUUUGCUAUCCAAACAGCCCCAAGGGAUGAUUUUUAGUCCCAUUUUACAGAUUUUAAAGAUUUAGGGCAAGAUCCAGUGUCAUGCCAGUGGACUCAUUGGGGCUUCACCUUCCACUCUGGAGCUCACUCUUCUCCCCAUCUGCUCCCAAGGUGCACAAGGGUUGCAGGAGACAGAAGAGGAAGUGUAAGGAAGAUAAAAGGAAGUCCUGUGUGCAAGCAGAAUGCCACAAUUGGAUAUCAUCCUGUAGCUGCACACUUAUACUGUCAAGGUCCCAGUUGACCUAGACCUGGGGUCAGCAACCUUUUUCAACCGUGCGCCGGUCCACUGUCCCUCAGACCAUGUGGUGGGCCAGACUAUUUUGGGGGGGGAGGGAACGAAUUCGUAUGCCUCACAAAUAACCCAGAGAUGCAUUUUAAAUAAAAGCACACAUUCUCCUCAUGUAAAAACACGCUGAUUCCCGGACCGUCUGUGCGCCAGAUUGAGAAGGCGAUUGGGCCGCAUCUGGCCCCUGGGCCUUAGGUUGUCUUCCCCUGACCUAGACUCUAGAGAGACCUCUUUAGAUAAAGACUUGAGACAAUUUUGAGAACUCCACUCAGAUGGAAGACUAGAGGAACCCAUAGUAGUCCAAAAGCAAAAUGAGGAGCUCUUUGUCUCAGGGAUUUCUUGCAUGAGCCCCCUUCGACCCCAUGCUCAAAGAAUUUGGAUAUAAAAAUACAAGGAAAAUUGGGAUUAGCAGGAGAAAGAGGAAGAGCCAAUGGAUUGUUUUCUGAGCAUAGUUGGAGACUGGCAUAUUUAAAUGUAGUAGCAAGAGGGUGAAGAGCAGGAUAAUUGUGGGGAAGGUGGCAAUCAGUAGUAGAGAGAUCAAGGGAUCACUUGGUCAUUGUGGAGUCAGGGACUACAGGUAGUCAACUCUUCAAGUGAGACAAGGAGUUAAGAGGGGAGAGAGGAAAAGAGCAAAGUAUUUGGUUUUGAUUUUAUUACUGGAAAUGGAAAAUCUUGGGCAGAGGAAGGAAAGAAGGAAGGAAAGAAAGAAGGAAGGAAGGAAAGAAGGAAAGAGAAGGUACUUGGGCGAGCCAGAGCAGGGCAUCACAGGUAGAAAUGUGGUGAUGCUGAGAGUUUCUGAGAGUGAGUGGGAUGUACAAGUGUUCUUUUGCGAGGUAGAUGGCAGUUGAGAAGCAAUAUAUUGACAGCAAUAUGGUCAGCCAACUCAUUCUUCUUCAAAGGCUUUCACCCACACCAAUAGAAGGAGCACAGCAGGAGCUUCUUCUUCAUUGGGAGAGUGGGGCCACAAAGUUAAGAACUGAUUACAAGAGUGAAUUGAAGGUGGCAACUGCAGAAGGUACUGAGCAGACAGAAGCAACAAAAGGAGAGAAGCGCGUAGAAAAUGGCAAGGCAAAUUCCCACAAUUUUAUUUCCUGUGAUUCACCCAGAAUGAAGUUGUUCUUGCAUUUAGUUGAACCAUAAUGUUGCAGUUUCAGAAAGAUCUGCUUUCCAACAACUGCAGCAUUUCCUAGUGGUGAUUUGGCAUUCAGGAUUUGGGAAAGGAAAGGGAGGGAGGGAGCCCAUGACCUGUUCUCAAUUCUCCCUAGCGGGCAGAUGAAAUAUUGUUCUAGCAGCCCCCCCCCCCUUUCCAGAUUUGAAUUCUGUGCUCAUACUUGCUGCAUUGGAUUCUCUCAGGAAGAAGGGAGUUGCAUCUGUGAAAUUAUUUUUUGCUGAAAACAGUUGAUUAUGAUAAUGACAGCCCCAGUGUGAGAUUCAUUAUUCAGCAGAGGCUUCCACACCUCAAAAUCACAGAAGAUGGGUUUCAGGUUUGUACAGUAACAAGCCUAGUAGAAGAAGAAAUACUUUCUUCAUGUACAAGUCAGGCAAAAGAAAAGCUUGCCUGCCAAGAGUACUUUGCAUUCAGAGUCUCUCGGUACAAAUUUGAAUUUUCUUUAUAGUGCAAGCAAGCAGUUGAAUUGGUCUGUCACUCCUUUACUCCUCUUAUUACUUUCUCACCAAACCCAAAUAUUUCAAGAUACUGACUGAGUAGAUAGAUAGAUCCUACCUGAAAUGCAAGCCAAUUCUACGUAAUGAUGAAUUUUAUGAGUAGAAUUGUAGCAAAGAAAAAGCCUUUACUAUUUAUAGUAGUUUGCUCAUUAAUUCAUGUUUCUCCUCUUCUGGAUUUCUGGGUUCCUUUUGAGCUCAUGGUGAUAGAAGCACGUCCAUAGCAUUUUGCCUGAUUAAACUGGAAUUGUAUUCUGUAUAACUGCUUCGCAUGAGAGAGGAAAAAAUAGACCAUCAACUUUACUGAAUUUACUUUCCUUCUGAAGUUGAGGACGGGAGAUCCUUUUUCCUGCUUUAAGGGGGAGAAUGUCAUUUUUGGGAUUCCUUUUUCUAGUUUGUUCUGCGAAAACUGACAUUCGUCAACAUCCUAAACUUACGCUUGUCAGAUAAAAGAAUAGAAACACAAAUAAACUCAACAUCCUCUAGACAUUCUAGAAAGAUGAGGUAUGCAUACAAUCCUUUCAACUCUGACCUUUGUAACUUUAAUUGACAUAUUGGAAACUUCUGUGGGUUAUUUUAAAAAAACCUAAGAGGUAUUUGACUCUGGGGAAAAAUUGCAAACAUUAAGGCAACAAUAGCUAUAUGCGCAUACAUAAUAGGGCCUGCAAAAUCAAAGGAUAGCUUCUUUGAUGAUGAUGAUGACAACGGCGAUGACUGUUUAUCAAGCAUUCAACACAGAACUUUCACAUCACCUCAUAUAUUUGCAUACAUUAGUUUGUGAGACUACCCUAAGAUCGCCCUUGUUUCUCUAGACAGCACACUUGGAACAGUUGAUGCAAAAGAUCUAUCUCGCAUGAGUACACAGUUUGAGAGAGACAGAGAAAGAGUUACCGGGUAUAUAAAACGUUUAAAAAUGCUUAUAUGAAGGUACGUCUAUAGAAAUAAAGGCUCUUUCACUGAUCUGGCUUCCAUCUCUGUCAUCUUGUCUCACUGUGUGAUUGCACAACAGUUUCCAUCACGACAAUCAGCACAAUGAUUUUGGGCUUCUCGAGUAAGAAUGGGCACUCCCUUAAAACUAGAAACACUAAAAUCUGUACGUGAGCUUUUAAAGACUUCCUUGACACUCCCUAAGAAACCUCAGUGAAAUUUAGUUCUAAGGAAUAUGUAGCGCAUGAGUUGCAGAUCAGGAACUUAUUUAAACCAGGAUGAGAGUCUAUUUUCUCAUUACAAAGACUGAGUGAUUAAUUUAUUAUGAUUUCCAGUGGAGUUAGCAGUAUAGAUUACCGAACCCUUUGAAACUUGUGAUGGUUGAGAGUGAAAAUUAUACAAAUUCUUGAACUUUAUGUUUCCAGUUUUUCCGCGUUUGCAUGUGUUUUAGGGAAACAUGCUGUCGUGUGUGUGUGUGUGUGUGAGAGAGAGAGAGAGAGAGAGGAGCUGGUGCAAAAAAUAGAAAAGGGGGACACCCCACAUUCCACCCUGUCUAGCAUGAGGCUAGCUUGGGAUGUGGCAGUGACUCCACCACUUCUUUCAGUCCCACUGCUCAAAGCUAGAAGUUAGACUUGCUAAUUCUAGGAACUCUAUACAACAAAAUAUCUAAAUACAAGUAUUUGGGUAUGUCUAGGUAACCUGUAUCAAUUAAAGAGAGUUUUCCUUCUGUUGAAGUGUCGUGUGAUUCUGAUCAGUGGUAAAUAGAGGAGAUAGUGGCUGUUUCAGACUACAGUCAUACCCCGGGUUACAGACGCUUCGGGUUGCGUGUUUUCAGGUUGCGCACCAUGCCAAACCUGGAAGUACCGGAACAGGUUACUUCCGGGUUUUGGCGCAUGCGCAGAAGCACCAAAUCGCAACCCGCGCAUGCACAGAUGCGGCGCUGCAGGUUGCGAACGUGCCUCCCGCACAGAUCACGUUCGCAACCCAGGCAUCCCCUGUACUCUGAUAUAUCUGAAGAAGUGUGCAUGCACACGAAAGCUCAUACCAAAAACAAACUUAGUUGGUUUCUAAGGUGCUACUGGAAGGAAUUUUUUUAUUUUGUUUCGACUAUGGCAGACCAACACGGCUACCUACCUGUAAUUAGAACUCUGAUAUAAAAGGCUCUGAUCUUACAUGCAUGCCCCUACUAGUGUAGAACAGCAAUAAAGUAACUCCUUUUAACCGUUAUAAGGGCAAAGGAGGAGUUGAAAAUGUGAUAAGAGAAGCUUGCUGGACAAUUUUAAGUGGCUCUUCUUAGGAAGCAAAUGUGCAAACAUCUUUUACUUGGUUUAGGCUUUAGUGCAGUGGGGUAUUUUGAUCCAAUCUGUACCCAUUCAUUUCUUACCAAAUUAAGACAGUGCACAACUGAAUACAAACAGGACCAUUUCUGCCAACACUGUUGCCGUGGUUACCAUUAGUGAGUGAUACUGCCUUGCCACACAUUCUGAUGCAAGGCUGUCACAAACACCCUGGAAUUUUGAGUUUGGUGAGACCAGAUUUUUUUACAUUGUUUUGACUUUUUUCCAGUCAAUAAAUUGUCCAGCUCUUACCUCAGCAUCCAUUUUUUUGAUCAAUACUGUCAGGAAUUCAUGCAAAUGGCUCGAGGACUAAGCUUUGGGAACACUUCUUGAAGACCUAGUGGUGUAUCACCUAGAUUUUUGGCUUACUACAGCGCUAUGUAGCACUCUGCUGAACAUUUUUGGACAAGCUAGGAAUGCUGAAUAGUCCAUUCAGUUAGAAGGAUCUGGUAAACCCCAACUGCAGCUAGGGAGGGAAAUGCAAAAGGCAAAUUAAAUAUUAGUAAGAAGUAGGUAAGCUUUAUUGUACUAGCCAAAGGCCAUGACGAAACCAUAGAAACACUAUCAGAAAAAGAAAUAUCUAUACAUCUAUAUAUCUGUAUAAAAAAACAGAACCUCUGCCUAAACCAUCGGAAUCAUAAAAUACAGGUGCAUGCUUAAAUUGGGGGUCUCCACACAGCAUACAGUAUUUUCCUAUUUAGACCCCUGAAUUGCUAAGAAGUGUGCAUUUAAGUAGAGUUGUUGAAGAUGUAAAUGUUUCGAAUAGUGCUGUCGGGCAUGGAGAGCCCUCCUCUUCCUUCGGUAACGAUAAGAAUUAACACACAGUUGAUAUAGUCCUUUUAUUACAGCAUCAUGCUGCAAGCACAAAUACACAGCUCUCCACAAGGAGGGCAGUUGGCUACUCUAAAUCCUCCUUCCGACUUCCACAGCAUUUUAGGCACCAACGGGAAGUUCCUCCCUCCCUCUGACUCCUUUGCUCUCUGAUAUGUACGUUUGGACCUCCGAGUUCGUGGAGAGGGGGGGUCCCCUAAACUCUCAAGUGACGUCUCAACUAGCUGCCCCCUCCCUUCUGGCUCCCUUGUUAUUAUCUUGUAAUUGGAUAACUCCUCCCUAAGCUGUUCAGCUUCUGUGUCUCUCUCUGUGACUCUUCCCCCUCCAGCUCUCCAUCAGAGAGAAGCUGGUCUGCCAUAGAAUGCGUUCCCCAGUCCUUGUCUUCAGACCAUUCCCUGACAAGUGCAAAUGACUGUGCUGUGAACUGACUUAGUUUAAAUCACAUUCAACUAACUGCUUUUUCUCACCUCUCUCUUUCAGUAAUAGUUAUGCCCGUGUGCGAGCUGUGGUGAUGACCCGUGAUGACUCAAGCGGUGGAUGGUUACCACUUGGAGGGGGUGGUCUAAGCUAUGUCACCGUUUUCAAAGUCAUUCACCAGGAAGAAAAUGGCUGUGCUGAUUUUCUUAUACAUGGGGAGCGUCUCAGGGAUAAAACGGUAAAGACAACUAUUUCUUUCUUGUGCCAUUAUGAACAUUCAUAUUUCUGUGUAUCUUUCUAAUCCUGACAAUAUGGGAGUAAGGUACUUUUAUGAUAAUAGUUUCAUUUUGUUAUUUGAUUAAAAAAAACAAAAACAAGCAAAUGUCUGAGACAGAGGAGAGUGUUUAUUUUAAUUUUUAAAAAUUGCCUCUCGUUUCAUAACCCAAAUAAUAUUUCACACUAGGCUAUAAAAAUCACAGUAAAACUGUUAAACAAACAAUAAGAAUAGGAAUGUAGUCUAGAAUAUUGUUACACCAAGUUCUAUUUUUAAAGCUAGACCACUUCAAACUGAGCUUCAGCCAUUUUGGAAAACUUAAAACUAAUCACUUUUAAGAACAAUAAAUGGUGGGAUAGAAUGCAUAAAUAUGACAUUAAUUUUAUGUGGAAACAGAGUUUUAUUUAUUUAUAAAUAUAUUUAUAUUCCACUCAUAGCAGUAUAUGAUAGUAGUUUACAACAAUGCAAAACUUUAAAACCAUACAGUAAAAUCGUAAACAAUUAAAAACAAGUUAAAAGCAAAAGUUUGUUCCAGAACUGAAGAAGCAUUGGAAAGGUGCCGGAACUUUUUGCCAAUUCCACUUUCCCAUUGCAGCACCCUGCAAUCCAAAUCUGUUCCCGAUAGUUCAGGGACCUUUCUGUGCAACAUGGAAGGUGGUGCAGAGGCUGCAGGGAAACUGCCCAAAAUUGCCUUCCUUUUUCUUACAUCAGUGGAUGCCUCAUUUGGUUCAGAAGUGCUUCUGCAAACAGGACAACUUUGUGUUUUAUCCAGAAUUGCUUAUGCGUGUUUGAUACAACUACCCACAGAAUCGCUGGAAACCAGGAGCCCUUUAAGUGUUAUCUGGAACCUAAAUGAAGUCACUUCCAAGAUUGGCUCCCUCAAAGCUGGGAUUAUAUAUGCAGGACCCUUCCACAAGGUCAGAAGCCAGCCACAUAAGUUCAAGCCAUUCAAUCAGCAUCCCCACUCUAAAAUAUCUACAUAGCCAGUCCCUGCCCCUGCGGUUUGGUCCCUUAAAUGUUAACGCCCGCCUUGCAGGAGCCACUUCCAUAAAGGCUGCUCUCCACCCAGCAGACCACUACCCAGCACAAGGCAAUCCAAAGAAAUAAAUAUUUAUUUGGGGGGUAUAUUUAUUGGGGGGUAUUGCUUUUAUUAUUAUGCAUUUUGUGUUUUUUAUCUUGUAUUUUUAUGUUGUGAAUAGCCCUGAGAUCUACAGUUGAAGGGCAGUACACAAAUUCAAUAAAUAAUAAAUAAUUUGUGCCCUAAAUAAUGUUUCCACCAUUUAAACGAAUCAUAAGGCUUCCUUUUAAUAUGCGUUGCUAUCCUGUGAGACCAUUUCCUGUGUUCAUGCUACCAGCUGAGCUGCUGAUAUGUGAUGUAAAUCUUUUCAUGAAUGUGGUUUUGGUCGGGUUUUAUUUGUAGUGCUGAAAAUUAUUCUUAGAUUUUUGAAUGAGUAUCUUCAGAGAUGACAUGUCCAAUGACAUGAAGCAACGUGUUCCAGAUAGAUUUCUGUUUUUUUGUGGCAGACCUUAGCGUGGGGACAGAAAUAACUGGUUAGUACAGGCGAAACAGUGGUAUUGGCUAGAAUAUGAGACUGGGGGCAGGGGCGUGUUAAGCAUAUUAUCAGAUGCUGUGGGGUGAUAGUCAAGGAUAUACCAUAUUCACUUGAGUCUAAUGUGCCAUCGAAUCUAAUGCGCACCUCAAUUUUCAGAACCUUGAAACCAAAAAAGUAUUUGCUGGCAAAUUGAAUCUAAUGUGCACCUUAAUUUUCGCAACGUUAUUUGGCCAAAAAAGGUGAUAUUAGUUUCGAGUAAAUAUGGUAGUACCCUCUAAAGAGAAACUUCUUUUUCCCCUUGAAAGUGUUGGCUGAUUGCUUAUUAUCCUCUUUUAAAGGGGCACCACUCCUUUCUACCCUGCAUCUUGAUUUGUCAUCCUAUAUAGAUGCUGACACCCAUAUGCUGAGCAAAUAAAUUCCUAUUGCCAUUUCACAAUAGCCCUAGGUAGUAACACGAAGUUAUUUAUUGUCUGAAAAAGCAAGCAAAUCCUUUCCCCACUUCUUUCUUUCUCUCUGCCAGCAGCUUUUCUUACUUGCAUCGGCCACAAAAUUUGACCUGUAUCUCCAGCCAGAUUUGUUUCAGAGCUCCUCUGUGACUUUUCAAUGUGGCUCUCAAUUUAAGACUGAAUUUGGCCUGUUUAAAAUGUUUCUCUUUUUUGCCCCCAUUUGUAGUAAUGUGCAGUCUAAAAGAAGCUGCAAGUUCUUUUCUUUUUCAACCGCCCAUCCGGCAUGGAUUAAGCCUGCCCAAAUUAUAGACAAAUACAUCCAGAAGUACUUGUGCAGGGUACCUUUAAAGUUUGAUGUUUUAAACAAAAGAAAGUCUAUAACCUUUUGAUUUUCUUUGAGAAUUGUAUGCAAUUUGCUGGCUUGGUCACCCCUUCUGAUGGGAUGAAACCUGCCAAAUUUCUGAACGACAGCUGCAGUACAAGAAGAAUCAGGAGGGAGGGGGCACCAGAAACCCCCAGGAAAUACGAGGAUAGGGUUAAAGUUGUCUCCCAGCAGCGACCCUUUAACCCCAAGGGUCAUUCGUGGAGAAUUUACCCACCCCACUGGAUUUUGGAGUUACAAGGGAGAUCUCUGCAUUGACUUACAUAUGGGAAGAUAUAACCCCCCCCCCCCAAAGCAAUGUGAUUGGAGUUCUCUGGGGAAAUAAUUCACUGUGAUUACAAAGCUAGAACUCUCCAUCAAAAUGAAAGAUUUCCCCCUGACAACCCCCCCCCCCAAAAAUCUUGGUUUCACUUCUCCAAAAUGUGUUUUUUGAACAUCCAAGACCACAGAGCUACUCAGAAGCUUAGGAGUCCCUGCUCUGACUCAUGACAUCAUGGAGUGCCGUCCAACUUGGAAACAUGAGAGAACCUUCCCUGAAUCAUCCCAAUCUGUCUUGUAAUUUUGGGCACACGCAGAACGAAUGCGCUCCCUAACGUGAACAGUUGAAAGUGGGAAGAACUGGGAAGAGAAGCUUCUACUGUAUCUGAGAAGAGCUGUGGCAAUGAUUUAGUAGCUCUUACCCAUGAGGCCAAGUUUGUUUCUGCUGCUGCUGUUUAGGCUGAGCAUUUGACAAUGGCAUAGACACUUGUUGAUGGUGGUGGGGGCUAGGCAAGCAUUGUGCAAGACCUACAGGUGAUUCUGUCUCUGCCGACUGACGCAGGAGGGCAGCAGAAACAGCAUGGGAACUUCAGAAACUUUGUUUUCACUGAUCCUAGGAAAUAAUAUAUAGUAUAAGAGUUCCCAUUAAAACAAGUUUCAGAACCAACGUUUAACUCAAACUAUCAGGCUUGUUGCCUGGUCAGUUCAUUUUCUUCCCUGCAUGGUUGCUCCUUUCCCAGUUAAUGUGUUAAUGCGCAAAAUCAUAAGGAAAUGUGGCAGCUGGGACUGGGUGCCAGAGGAAAUCGAGAAUAGCACUGAAAGGUAUGGAGCAAAUGGCAACAGGAAGGAGUGACACAUGGGCUCAGCUGGCCAACUGGAGAGAUGUUGUAUUUGUUAUCUCUUGCAUUUCCGCCCUUUGUACCUGCCAUAAACCACCCAUUAAGGUUUAGAUCAGGCAUGGCCAAACUUGGCCCUCCAGCUGUUUUGGGACUACAAUUCCCAUCAUCCCCGGCCACUGGUCCUGUUAGCUAGGGAUGAUGGGAGUUGUAGUCCCAAAACAGCUGGAGGGCCAAGUUUGGCCAUGCCUGGUUUAGAUGAAAAACUAAAUUCGUGUCAUCUGCUGCAGCGCUAUCCACGCUGCCCUGAGUAGUCAAGUCAUGCAGUAUGGGUGGAUCACACACACUCUUGGUUUAUUUAAAGUAGCUUUUGUUAACCUGGUUCCCCUCUGCAUGUUUUGGGAGUUGUAACCCAGAACAUACAGGGGGCAUCAGAUUCGCAAAGCUUGGUUUAGAACAUAUCAGUCCCUCUUUUCAACAACCAAGAGUGAACAUAGGAAGCUUAGUAUUGUCCAUACUGACUGGCUUUCUAGGAUUUCAGCCAGUAAACCUAGAUUGAACCUGGGACUUUUUGCAUGCAAAUCUUAAGCUCCACCAUUAAGCCAGGGUCCUUCCCACUCAGAUAUGCUUGCAAAAGUUUUGAUUUAAAUUAAUAUUUUGUAUGCUGAUAUUCCAGCAACAAAGUUCACCUCAAAGCAACCCACAGCGAUAGCAAAGCAUCGGAAAACAACACAAAUUACACUUCUAACAAUUUGAGCAUAUAAUUACAGUUUAAAAUAAAAACCCAAGCCAUAGUAAAGUAAAACCAAAAAACUCAUCUAACAGUUAAUGCAGUUCAAUACAAACCAAUAAUAAGUCAAAAUACGUUUAAAACAAAUAAGAACGCGUGACAGUAGCAGAGCAGCAGCCUAAGAAACAUUUUGAAAGUAUCAACCUGCUCAUGGUCAGUGCUGAGUUUCUGAGACUUUCCUUAUAGUCCCUUUGCCAACCAAAGUGCCGAGAGAAGGGACGAGAGAGAAGAGCCUUUGCAGUACUGGCAUCUGAACUAUGGAAUAACCUUGCAGGACAGAUUCACCAAACCCGCUUUAAGCUUGCUCUUAAGAACCUGUUUUAUUCUGUUGGACGUUUUUUCCAAUGAAUUGUUUGAUGUGUUUUUUAGCCUGCUGCUGUUACUGUGUGUUUUUUUAUCAUGGUGAUUUAAAGUGCUAGUUGGUUUCUUAAAUGUGCUUAUUUUUUAAAAAAGUUAAAAUUUAAUAUAUAUAAUUACAUUUACAUAUAUAUGUAUAUAACUAUAUAUAUGUAUAUAACAUACAUAUACAUACAGAUUUUAUACACACACACAUACACAUACAUAUAUAAAAUAAACUGCCAUGAGUUUAAUUUUAUCAUGGAAUAGUGGGAUGUAAGUGGUGUAAAACAGAGCUAACAUCACACAAGUUAAAACUUAUUCUUAAAAUAAAAUAGAACAAUAGGAAUGCUUCCAGGAAUGGCUGUUUCAUUCGUCAGCCCCUUCCUGUACGUGAAGUGAUACCACCAGGCAGCACGACAGCUAGGAUGUCAUGACUCUGACUGACUGGAGAUUUCUCAAGCUUCCCUUCCUAUGCCAUACCAUUUGAUGAGGUGAUUAAGGGUGGGUGGUUAGAAAGGGAAAGCAAGUCUUCAUGAUUGAGCAAAUUCCUGGAAAAUUGAGUAAAAAUUCCAAGUAACCUUUGAGCAGUUGGAAUUCCCUUGUUGGAAAAUGAACCAAACGUCUUAAAUUCAUAUCCCAUUAGGUCAAAUUAAUGGAUAAAGCAUAAUUUUACCACUCUUCAAACAUUACUUACAAUCAAAUUUCAUAAUGGCAAUGUAUUGUAGUUCAUAUCUGAAAUGAUCCAGUAGCUGAUGAACUUUGCUAAGGAAAUAACUUCAUUAGUUCUUUUUAGACAACAGUUCCUCUCAGAAUCUUCCUCAACAGUACUGACUCACGGUACUUUCUGUUCCUCAGACCAUCCAUUCUCCUUUAUCAGGCUUUUGUUUUGUUUUAAGAUCUCUUUGACCUGACACCAGCAAUUCUAAAAUAGGGCUGACUUCUGUAACCGCACUUCCUCUAUCACACCAAGGCUUCAGGCAGUGAGAAAUGAAUUGGCUAGAACUCCAGUGGUUCAAGGUAAACUAAAUAGAAAGCAAUGGCCCAAAACCUCUCUUCGUUUUGUUUUACAAAAGGAGCAAUGAGACGAAUUACUUUCAGAGAAAAUAGAUAGCAGGAUACACACUAGAUGAUAGAUAGAUAGAUAGAUAGAUAGAUAGAUAGAUAGAUAAAAUCAUGAGCUGGUUCUUGCAAGUGAUAAAAUGAGCAAGCUUUUAAGAAAACACAUUGGGGAGUGAUUCUACUUGCUAAGCUUUCAGACAUAUUUGGCUUUGCAUUAUGAAGAAUGCCUUUGCCAUUGUGAUUGCUCGAAAACAUAAAAAAUAUAGCUAUAGCUGAAAAUGUGUGUGAUCUUUGGCACAAAAAAGCAUUUGCAUUAGACCCAGGAAGGAGUUUUAAUCGGAAUUCAGGCAAAAGGUUUGCUUGCUCAGCCUAGAUAUGAUGUGGUGUUAUGAUACACAGUAAAAUCACUGUAUUUUAGUUGAAGAUAACUUGUGGCAAAAGACAGGGUACAGCUUCAUGAAUAAGAAUGUUAGCUUGAUAUGUUAUUGACAAAGAGCCUGUCAGGUACCUUGAAAAGUGAUAGCACCCAGGAUAUGGAUUUCACUUUGGAGUGACAGAGACUAUUUCUGGACUUGUUUACCCAGCUUGUUUAGAUCUCUGUUGGAAUGUGAAGGGUUUUCUUCUUCUUUCUUUUCACAAAGCACCCCUGACAUAAUUGCACACUUCCUCCUUUAUUAUACUUCCCUUCCGAGAUCUGGCUCCAGCCAGUCUAGUUGGAACAAUUACCUUCCACUCUAACCUGGACAGGUUUGCUGCUCUUUUAAGCUAUGUAAACAUCAAUGGAGAGUUUCUUUUAUAUGCAGAAUUAAACAUACAUCCAGGCUUCAGUAUUUUAGAUUUUCAAAUGCCACAGACUUGAUGAUAUUUAUUUUUCCUUUCCGGUUUAAUAAUGAGACAUUUAUUCUGUAACGUGUUACGCAUCUUAUUGUCUGGUAUCCUUGCUUAACCGCAGCAAGACAAAUGAAUUCAAAGAGGAAGGCAUGGGAAGAGCUUCACCAUUCAUGACUUUCUGAACAAAGAGAAAUUGUGCACACCCUUUCUUUUACAUGGUGUUCUCCUUCCAAAGUGGAUCCUUUCACAGCAUUUGGAGACUUAGCAAGAUUAGAGUAGUCAGAUGAGAGAGGUGGGCAUGGAUGUGGUGUUUUGCUUGAGUAUUGGAGACACUGGUUCAAAUCCCCAUUCAACCAUGAAGUUCACUGGAUGACCUUUAGCCAGGUAUUACACAUACGUCAGCCUAACCUUUUUUACAGGGUGAGGAUAUAGUGCGGGGAGCCAUGUAGGUCACCUUGAACCCAUUGGAGGAAAGGCAAGAUGUGAUUGAAUGAAAUUGAAUAGGAAGACUGAAGGAGAAGGGAGACCGGGUACAGUCAAUAACCCCUUGGCCAGUUCUUCACUAAUUCCUGAUUCAGGAUGUUGUCUACACAGUUCAAGAAUACAGUGGUACCUCUGGUUACAUACGCUUCAGGUUACAGACACUUCAGGUUACAGACGCCGCUAACCCAGAAAUAUUACCUUGGGUUAAGAACUUUGCUUCAGGAUGAGAACAGAAAUUGUGCGGCGGCAGCGGGAGGCCCCAUUAGCUAAAGUGGUGCUUCAGGUUAAGAACAGUUUCAGGUUAAGAACGGACCUCCGGAACAAAUUAAGUACUUAACCUGAGGUACCACUGUAUUGUCCUAAGUUUUAGAAGAUCUGGGCAGUGUUUGGAGCCAAUGUAAAGGGGAAAUCAGCUUGUGAGAAGCCAGUCAGAGUGGAAGAGAAAAGUGGCCAUGUUGCUGUCUUCAAAUUCCCUUCGCCAUAAUUCGUCUUCUUUUAAUAAAAGGCAGCCUGGGUUUGCUACAUGUGUUCUGCAUGUAAUUAACUGUUACCUCCCUUUGUAACAUUAUAAAAGAUCUCCUCUGAUUCACCCAAACAAACUGAAGUAUGUGUGUGCGUACAUAUCUACACUGGAAUAAACUGCACAAAAGCAUCUGUGGGCUCAUCAAGACUGUCAUAUUUGUGUGUAUCUGAAGAAGUGUGCGUGCACAAGGAAGCUCAUAACAAUAACAAAUCUAGUUGGUCUCUAAGGUGCUACUGGAAGGAAUUUUUUAAUUAUAUUUGUUUUGGGAUAAGAAUCCUGGGCAAUGGCAUGAAGUUCUAAAUUUAGUAGAUUCAUAGGGUUCUGUUCAUACAUUUAGUUGCUUUUACCUACUUGUUUUAAGUUUACAAGCUGGCCUGGUUCAUACAUAAUGUUAAAACUGUUGUUGUUGAUUUAUAAACCUUGAUCAACUCGAACCAUAUCUUGGCAUUAUGUGUGAACUCCGGCCUCCUCCUUAACUAUAGUUAAGGAGCUGUCACAACAAAAAAGUGUAGCCAUGAGUGUAAGAGCAGCAAAAAUCAAAAUCAAACCACUCUCAAGAUUUGACUGCUCUUGUUGGUGCUUUUAACUAUCUUGUGGUGUAAUAAACCGAAGUGAUCAUCUGCCAGGUGCCUUGGCUUCAACUGUGGUUUAUUAACUACGGUGAACGUUAAUCAUGGUUUAGCAUUAUAUGCCAACCAUGCCACUGUGUACUUACAAAAAAAUGCAUUGGUAUUGCUGUAUUAUAGCCUGGAAUCGGGAACAGCCAGUAACUAAGGCAAAAACUAAAUUUCUUUCAAGUAGGUUAUAUAUAAAUGGUUUUUCACGAACUUGUCUGCUUUGGGGAGGAGCUAAUUGGUCCAUGACAUGAUUCAUUUGAGAGUAGACUUUAUUUUUAAACCUUGUUGUGUACAGAAGUCCCUUAUGCUAAGUUUUUCCUUUAACUCUGCUUUUCAGGUGGUUUUGGAGUGUACGUUGAAGAAGGACCUUAUUUACAAUAAGGUUACGCCAACUUUUCACCACUGGAAAAUAGAUGACAAAAAAUUUGGCCUGACAUUUCAGAGUCCUGCUGAUGCAAGAGCAUUUGAUAGAGGCAUUCGUAGGGCGGUAGAAGAUCUUUCCCAAGGUAUGAAUCUCUGUUGCAUAAGCAUUUAAAAAUAUAUAGUAAUAAUUUUAAAAUAAUUUUAAAACAAUUAUAAUAGUACCCACGAUGUAAUACUAUAUGUGUUAAUAAAACUCUGCCGGUCGCCUUUUUGACUGGUUAUCUACAGGCAGUUGUUUCUCUUUUCCCAGUCUGGACGGCCCCAUUAAUAUUCAAAAUAAACAUGAAGAGCAGAAGCAUAACUUUUGUACAUUUAGGUACAGUGUUAAUGUACAUUCAUUAAUGUUAAAAGGCAAGCACCUGUUUUAGCCUUGAGCAAGAGAGCAACAUGCAGCUCCCACAGAGCUGGUCUAUGUGGCUGAGGAGUAAUGAGCAAUGGUUACAGCAGAGAUAGAACACGAUGGUGCAGGUCAGCCAUGGUAAUAAUCCCUGCUUACCCAGGGAAGAGGCAAAUCACAAAUUUGUGUUUAAUAUUUUUAAAGCCAUAUACAAAGCUACCAAAGAGAGUCAACAUCCUUUCAUUGAAGGACCUUCUCUACCUUUUAUAGAGCAUUGGCCACUUAUCUAAUUGUUUGGAUUUCACUUGUAUAAUGUUAACUAACCUUCUUCCUUGGCCCUUUGUCAGCUUCUAUGAUGCUUUGCUGUGAGCUGCAAUUUUGAAUAGUUUCCAGAGGAUUAUUUACUUGCAAAUGUGUUUAGUUCAUAUUAUGCCAAGUGAAGUGAGGCCUUCAGGUUCAGCAGCGUGUGUCUUUUGUUUUUGAGUCUGUAUGUGUUUACUGUUUUGUAACAUACUAGCUUUCUUGAAUGUUGAAAUAUCAGAAUGAAGUGUGUUGUGCACAUUCAGGACACCAUUCUGUAUUUAAAGUUCAAACCCCUGUCUGAUCCCACACCAGUUUUCAUAAGGCUUAGGAAAGGCAUUAAACACACUGCAGUGUAAUGCCUCUCUUGAGCACUGAAUUAUCAGAAUGAAAUUUGAUACAUGUUGAUGACAUAAUUCUCUGUUUGCUUGAACUUGACAUUGGUAGUGUACAUGCCUUGAAUGUAGAAGGUCCCAGGUUCAAACCCUGUCAUCUCCCAUAUAACAAAAUUUAGUUGAUGGGAAAGAUCUCUGCCUGGAUUCCCAAAGAGCCCCUAUCACUCAGAAUAGCUAUCUCAGAAAAAAUUGAGAGUCCAGCUAGGGGAACAUAGGAAGCUGCCUCAUACUAAGUCCUCAACUCUCACAUCUGAAAGAAACUUGAGAUUUUUAUGUUUGUCUUAUUCUUCCAUAGGUUGUCUGACAUCACAUGAUGAAAUUGAAGUACCUGUAGAUGGCUUUCCAGUAAGUGCUUUAAACUUCCAUUAUGUUAAUUGUAUCGGAAGAGAUGACAGGAGUUUUCAGUGCUGAAAGUGGUCUUACUUGUAUUCGUUAAAACUUUUUGAACUUUAAAUCUGCAGAAGGAUAACCACGUGAACCGUCUUGCCUUGUAACUAUAGAGGUUAGGCUGGGUGACUUUUCAUUGUCAUAUUUAAUUCUCAAAGAUAUAAGCUAUUGCAUCGUUUGAGAGACAUUUCUUUCUUUUUUUACCCUGUAUUAAUGAAAGAGUGAGUGGAUAUAACUAAGGCAAAGGGGUGCUAAAGUGCCUGAAGCUUAAUUUGAAUUAAGGCUGAGCUCUAGAAGAAAAAUGUUCAUUGCCAAAACUGAUACUUGUGAAGGUUGUAGUAUUAUAAAAAUGUCCUCUGAUUGCAUGUGGAUUAAAGGGUUUAAUGUCAGGCAGGCCUCAUCAGGAUUUAAACCUGUAACCCACUUUCAAUGUUGAAGUUCAGUCACACAACAUGAGAAGCAACAGCAAGAUCAUUAGUACUUCAAUGUUCUUCCCAAGGCUCCUGUAGACAAGCAAUACACAGUGACUACAAAAAAUCCAUGGGUGAAAUCCAGUGGACGUAUGGGGAGUCAAGGGUUAGAGUUUAUGGAUUUCAUUCACAUGAGCUGGAAACUCUUGUUCUAGUUUGGAUUAUCAGACAGGCUUCACUUUAACUAAGGUAGUGAAUUGAAAGCUUUUCAGCCAUGGUCUUAGUGUGUGGUGGUAGUCUAUCGCUUUUAAAAGUGAUAUACAGUGGUACCUCAGAUUAAGAACUUGAUUCGUUCUGGAGGUAAAUUCUUAACCUGGAAUGUAUCUAAAUAAGGAUUAUAUUACUUUCUCAUUGCAGUGUUGGAAAACCCAAAAGUUGUGAUGUGUUUUCAGUUGUUGUUUUUUUUUUUGUUUUUAGUCAAAGAUUAUUGCACACAAGUAGAUCACUGUUUUGUAAGUGUGUGACUUAAUUACCAUAUAUUAAGAUGAGUUACAAGCCUGGAAAUGGGAAAAAUUGCCAGUCUUUGCUUUUAAAAGCAUAUCAUUACUUGGCAACACAUGUGGGUCUUUCAGGCAGUAUCUGUGUCAUCCUUAUAGGCAGCAGGCUGCAUCAUCAAGAUUAUCACACAUUCUCAUAUAUUUUAUCUGAGAAUAAACUAUACCGUUCCUUCUGUAAUCAAAUGGGGUGUGCUUCAUCUGUUUAACAACAUUCACAAAUGUUGAUAAGCAAAGAUGAAAAGGUGUAGGGUGGGUGGCCAUAGUUUGCCCAAAGUAGCCUCAUAGGCCAAAUGCGUAAGCCUGGUGGGCCAAGACUGGGCCACAGACUGGGGGUGCCAAUCCUAGAGAUAGAACAACAUCACUUCAGAAGGUGAACGUCUCUUGCCUUGCCUCAGGGAGCAGGAAAACCCCCCAUUAAAGGUUGAAAAAUGGACACAAAAUGUCAAGUUGUGGUGGGGUUUUUUGCAUAAUUAAAAACAAACACCACAGACAUGAUGUCCGUAUGAGAAAUGUGAAUAUCCUGGAAGAAAGUUUCAGAAAAACAGCAACUGAAAUACUGGUGUCAGUUGGCAACUUCAUUAAUGUUGAGCUUCAGAAUGAGAAAUUGGGGGGGGGGUGGGUUAAUGGUUGGCCCAGUGACGCAAUAUGAUAUCCAUUAUUCUAAAAAAAAUAUGGGGACUUUGGUGACAUUUGUCUUUCAUGCAACUGAUGAUAAUGACGCGUUGAAAAGAAACAGAUCAUUAGGGUGUUGCCACAGCUAAAUGUAAAGCCCUGUGGUCAUUACAGUUCCCACACGGGCUUGAUGCUGACCUGCAACUUGUGAAUGCAUAGUGAAGUGUCAUGGGCCCAGGGCCUUGCUUAAGAGGCAUUUAUUUAUGGAUGUCUAUCAAUGAAUUGUUACAUGUUACAUUGGUCACUGGUCCUUUGCCUGAAAACAAUUUUUCCAUAGUUUCCAAUAAACAUUACCGUAAGUUUUCACACUUGCCCAUGAAACGUUAGCUCCUUAUGUAUUUUGCCUCAGGUGAGAUUCCCCGCCAGUGGCGUAGCGUGGGGGGUGCAGGGGGGCCGGCCACACCGGGCGCAACAUCUGGGGGGGCGCUCACACUCGCAGCUCUCUGCCCCUACUAAAAUCCACGGGUUAGGGGGCGCAAAUUACUUGCCUUGCCCCGGGUGCUGACAACCCACGCUACGCCACUGUUCCCCGCCCCCUACUUUUAGAGAAAACAAUUGUCCAGGUUCUUGAGAUUACAAAACUGUUUUGUUGGUCACAUUAUUUUAAAACACCACAAAAAUAGAGCAUUUAAACUACUUGUGGCAUACUUCUUUAUUAUUUUUGUAGGGAAGAUCAAGCCAGUUAACUCACAAAUAGUUUAGUGUUAUUUGGAGUUCAAAUAAUAUUAGCUAAAACAGAAAAUACUCUGUAAAGAAUCUUACAAUUUUUAUGUUGGUCACUGCGGAAUUACCCAGCUGGUUUUAUUUAAUAAUUUAUAUGUAAUGUGUUUGGGAAGGGAAGUAAGAGUCCUGACAUUAGCAGACAAUCCUAAUUUGGGAGGCAUUAUUAAUACAGAAUAAGGAUGAGGAAGUUCCACAGGAAGAACUGGGUGACCUCAAGAACUGCAGUAAUGGAAAUGGAAUGAAACUGAGUUCUGCCAAGUAGAAGGCUGUGAACUUGGAGUGAUAAGAGACGUUUUUGUUUUCGGCCGGGGGCUCAGCAACAGGGGAAAGAGCUUGGGAUCUUGGUUGAUCACAAAAUGACUGUUUCAUUGAUGCCGUGUUGUUACAGUAUUGCUAAGAAGAUAGAAUCAAUGUUUGCAUUGAUUUUGGCAAGGAAUUAUUACUACAUCUGUAAAAUGCUCUGAAGGGACCCCGUUUGGAAUGCUCGUGCAUUGCUCGAAAAAAAUUAAUUUAGAUUGCAACAAAUGCAGGGGGGGGGAACAACCAGUAGGAUUCUGGGAAAUGUGGACCUAUGUGGAGAGCACAGAGCAAGAGAAUGUUGCUUUGGCUUAGCUUUUAGAAGGGUGAGUUCAUGCUAUGCAGAACUUAAGAAGAACAUCGUCCAGUGGGGGAAAUAAAAAUUAACGGUUACCGAUUGUCUGCUAAUUUAGACUGGAGCUUUCUAAUGGAUAAAAAUCUGAUUCUAGUGCAAGAUUCAGAAACCAUCUCCCUGGAAAAUUUGAGAGUAAAAAUCAAUGCUUUUUCCCAAGAAUGCUGAGAUUUCUGCAGAACAUUUUAUCAUAAAAAAAACCCCCAGACGUUCUGUAAUUUGUUAAAAAUAUGUUAAUGCCCAGGGCAAAGAAAAUCCUGUGUCUUGGAUUCACUUCUAAAUAUUUAGCUUAACUGAACUGAUUAGGAAUUUCCAACCAAAAGUAGCAGGAUUAAUCAGGAACUCUUAAUCUCUUUAUCCGAUAAUAAAGUCAAGGCAGUUUGGCAACGUGUUUUGGUGGUUUUUUUUAACAAAAAUUAUGUUCUGUAACUGCAAAUUUAAAUUUCUAGUUCCAGUGUCUGAAGGAUGUUCUGGGUUGGAUGAGGGUAAACAAGCUGAAGCUUAAUCAAGAUAAAACAGAUGUGCAGUGGGUGGUAGACACGUUAAAAGGAAAAAAAGGAGGAGUGUAUUGAAGCAUUGGCUAGAAGGGGGAAAUGUUUCUUUGCCUAUAUGACAUCAGAACUAAGAAAAGUGGCUGUCGUUAGCCCAAAGUGCCAAGGCAGGCCAAUCUCAGAGGUCUGCCAGACCUAAUUUAGGCCCGCAAACUGGAGAUUCUCCACCCCUGGUUUAAAGCUUUAAAGCUUUUCAUCAGCACUUAGGAUUGAGCCUAGAUAUGCACUGACAACUGUGUGCACUCAUGAAGUUUCAGUGUGAUCCAGGAGUGCCAACUUGGCCCCGGAACCAUGGGUGCUUGGGGCCAUGGAUGCCAUAAAGCAUGCACCUAAAUUUGUGGGUGCCCGGCCCCUUCAUGGGGAAUUUUAUGGGUGCUCAGGGCCCCAGGGAUUUGGCACCUGUGGUGUGAUCUGAUAAGAUCAUCGGUCCUAGCCAACAGCUGGAAGGCCCUGCAAACCAGCUACACUUAGCCAUCACAAUAGCCUAGUCUGGAAGUCACUAGUGCAUGAACAACUGUGGCAAGGUACCUGGAGUACCAACUGAAAUUAAUAAAAUGUGCCUCUGGACACCCAAAUUUCCCAAGUUAGUGCAGAGCCCAGAGGCACAUUCAAGCUUUCAGGCCACCUAAGCUAGUUUGGGUGCAGGCUGUCCUGAGAUAACCAUCUCCUAAACUGCUUAGGGCAAGUUAGGAGCAGGAUCAGGCCAGCAGGCCAGAUCCUGAACUUUCCAACCAUGAUGCCAGGGUGGACUUUGGCAUGUUGUUUUUGUUCCAUAGGCUUUGCUGGGGUGAUUGUGGGGAAAAGAUUUGUCCUGUGUGUACUGUGGACUUUGGCAAACUGUUUGUGUGUGUCUUUACCCAUGAGUUGUUUAACAUGUUUUUAGUUUAUAUUUUAAAAUUGUUUUACUGGCUAAAGUUAGUGACAUUUCAUAAGGGUGUUCCCCAACCCCCACCCCCACAUACACGCUCAGUAUGAACCUUUCUUGAGAGAAAUUUAAAUGGUGUUGAAUGGAAUGCUGGGUAGAAUGAGAAUGAUUGUUGGGCAGAGAGGGUCAGUUGAAAAAUGACCAUGUGAGAUAUGAAAGUACAGACCAGGCCUCAGCCUUGAAGUUUAAAGUUCAGGUAAGCAUAGGUGUGACAGGAAACAGACAGAAGAAAUAAGAAAUGAGUAAAAAUAGUUUUGAGGGGUAUGAAGGGAAAGGGAAAUACAGCUGAAGUGCACAGCAGCAAGAUUUCUGUCAGACAGUUUUUUAAGGCACAGGGGAGCCUUCAGCUCUUACUCUGUGUGGAUGAUAUUGGUUGCCAAUUAAGUACUUGUAACAUAGAAUGAUAACUUCAGUCGCAUAGACUCCAUUUGUCUAUUCCAGUGAGCGGACAGAUCUGGGAAGUCCACCACUUUGCCACCGGCAGCCAACCAGCAUCAAGGUAGUGGUGAUGCUGGAACUAACAAGAUAGGAUGCCAUAUCCAUUUUGCCCGGAAUAACAUGUCUGCUAAGACUGUGGUUGUAAUUUCCUGGCAAUCUGGAGCUUGAGUGGAAACUUCUGUUAAUAUGUUAUUUUGUUAAUUGAAUUAAUGUCAAAACACGUUGGCCAGCCUUCAUAAAAUGGCUGACCAUUCUACUGCACUGCAGUAUCUUAGGUUUGGAGAACAGGAGUUUGUGCUCUCAGGGUAUUUUUCUGUAUGCUAAAAAAGCGUAAGAUGCUAUAUUCUGUGCUGUACAUGUCACAAAGUACAGUACAGUACUAAAAAGCCACCUUUUUGCUAUAGUAUAGUGGUAAUGACUAUUGCAAAUUGCCAAAGCCACUGAAGUUUUGCUCACAGGGUUGUUGUUUUUUACAAAAACAAAAACCAGUGGUUCAUUUUAAUUUUUGAAAAAAGAUUUCAGAGUUUAUGACAGCUCACCUGGCAGCCAUAGGCAGCAAGGAAUUACAUACACUACAGAUAGGUGAAUGGGCUCCUGUAGGAUUAAUCUGCCCUUCCUCCACCAGCCCACUUGGUUUCUGUGCUCACUGCAGAGCAAAAGUCUUCCCUUUCUCCUUUUGUUUUUCUUUUGCAGGUUGGUAACUGUCUGGUUUGUGAACUCUUAGAAGUGGUGCGAACUGGUCUACUGCUGUAAUUUCUGUAAUUAAAUUUGGAGGCUUCAUAGAGCAGACUGUUGUCUGUAGAAAUUUAUGACACAAUAACCUAGCUAGGUAAACUCAAAAGCUCUACAAAAAUCUGUUAGUCGCAUCAAAAUUUCUGUGCUGAUUUGCAGUUAUAAGUAGUCUAAUCCCCCAUGAAGCUGAAGUGAGUGCUCUUAUCACUGCUGUUCAAUUUAGGAGGCAAAUUUUGCAUGAAGAUUAGUAUGUCUAUGUUUGCAAGAAGGUUGAAUUGAUCCACACCUGCCAGGAAUUGAACUUUGCUUGCAGUACAAAAGGUUUUGAAUUAACUUUAUUGAGAGUAAACUGGGCACAAGAUUGCUGUCUAUAUCCUUUUUUGCUUCUUCAAAAGAUACUCUUCCUGUUUUGCUUUUGUAGUUUGCAUUCAUUUGGGAUCCUAAAAGAAGGGAAGUGUUGUGUCUGUAGUUCAGCUAUGCUUUUAGGAUGUGCUUUAUAUGGGAAAUGUUCUGCCUUAAAUGACCGGAAAAUAUUCUGCAGAUUCUAGGCCGCUGCUGAAGGUAUUCAGGAUGUAGGGCAGAAAAUAUGCAACUAAUUGUAGGGAAACAGCUGUUGGCAUUGAAAGUAAUUGCUCUGUUCUGCAGAAUCACUAAAGCAGAGGUUAUUUUGAACUUGAGUCUUAAUUCAUAAUUCAAAUGGGAUAUGGGUGUUGCUUUUAAAAAUACAAUCUUAUGAAAGGGCUAAUAAGCACAAGGGUCAGAAAAUACGUAGCCUUUUCUAAGAGGUAGGAGAGUAUAGUCUCCUUUACUCUUUUGUCAGAUCACUUGUUCAGGGAUAGAGGAUUGUUUUAACAAGGCUUGCAGAAGAGCGCUGCGUUCUCUUACCCAACCUUCAUCCUGGGAAAAGUGAGGAGAGGAGUUUUGAAGAAGAGAGGAUCUCAGUCUGGUUUUCAUUUUCUCUACAGCUGUCAUCUGGCUUUGAGUUCUGCUGGGCUUCUACAGCUGGAGAGUCAUUUUAUUGCUUUUACCCAGCAUCCUUUUGCUUGUGCACACAGAAAUGUUUUAAUAGUCUUGGAAAAAAGUCAGAGUAUCUCUUAGCAACCAUAGGACAGUAAUUAUUAUACCAGCAGCUGGGAGCAAACCAGAUUUCCGUUGUGCAUUAAAAACUGGCGUAGGUUACUUCAUAGAUGAUACUGGCUAGCCUAUGCCAGUGCUGUGGUUGAAGGAUAUUGAAUGUGGGCGGUGCGUAAUUGCUUUGGCAGUAGAAAAGAAGUGGGGAUUUGUGCAUCUAUGUCUGUGUUUUAUGUGAGAUAGAGACCAUCAAACACUAUAUUUAAUGUGGCACGUUUUUAUACUGUAAAAAUAUUUUGCUGGUUUUAUUUAGUCUUGUUUUCAAUACAAUAGUUGCCUGUGUUUGGGCCUCUUACUGUCAGAACCAUAUUUCUUGAUUUUAUUUUGUUGCUGCUGCUGUUGUUUUAAGUUUUAAUAACCAUCCCGUGACAAAACAACCUAAACUAAUUGUUUCCUAUCCAAAGAACUAUUCUGAAAUACUUCAUCAAAAUGGUUUGUUUGGAAACCAAAAUCUUUUUAAUUAGGGACUGUGUAGCUACUGGGAGUUUGAGGAAUUGAGUGUAAAAGGAUGGGUACUGAGAACAUGACACAAACACUGAACUUUUGUAUGAACUACAGAAAAGAUGUCACACAUUUGUUGAAAAUGGUAAUAACACAUAAAUAGCCCCCAACACCAAAUAAGGGUGUAGUUUGCAGUUUCCCACUGCACUGAUAUCGCCUUUGCUUACUUAGUGUUGAGAAUUCAUAUGCCUCCACAGGAGUAUCUGAAGUCCAGAGGCUGUUAUAGCCCACCUCCAUGCUGCAGUGCUGUGGCUUGCUUCAGCUGAUCCUUGCUAGUUAUACUGGAUUGCUAGUGGUUGUGUGGUACCCUGGACUAUAAGGUCUUUGGACCCAAAGAAGGGUUGGCGUUUGCUAAUGCACACAGUGCUUGUCAGAAAAGCUUUCCACAGCACCAUCUGGUAUAGCAAGAGUUGCAGAAGAAGCUAUUUCAUGAGAGUGUUUUUGUAAACUCUAAAGGAAGGCAAAAUGACACAGUCUCAAUUUGGAUUGAUGAAAUCUCAAACCUGUCUGCACAUCACAUUUCUUGUAAGCCUCAUGGACGCUUGACCAUGUUCCUCUGUUAAUUGGAAGUAAUUAUUCUUAAAAAAAUGAACUCUUGGGUGAAUAUGAAAAAAAUACUAUAUACCAUUAUGCACCCAGAUUUCCAUUAAACUGGGAUCAGGUUUGACUAUAAAUUUGUUGGUCCAUGCCUGAGACAACAAAGAAAAUCUUCAGACCAUGGUUUGGAUAGCCUUUCUUAUAUUGGAAGUCAUGCAUACAUUAGGUUGCCAAAUUCUGUACCAUUAACCAAUGGAACUUGAGUGCUACAGAUAAACUUUGGUAGCAGAUGCUCAGGCAGCUUGCAUAUAUGCUAUUUGUAUUCAUAUUUGGAGUGUGUGCAUCUUGCCAUGGUAUGUGAAUUUCCCCAUCAGACAUUACACUAGAAGUAUUAACAGCAUACAGUGGUACCUCGGGUUAAGUACUUAAUUCGUUCCGGAGGUCCGUUCUUAACCUGAAGCACCACUUUAGCUAUUGGGGCCGCCUGCUGCUGCCGCGCCGCCAGAGCCCGAUUUCUCUUCUUAUCCUGAAGCAAAGUUCUUAACCUGAAGCACUAUUUCUGGCUUAGUGGAGUGUGUAACCUGAAGCAUAUGUAACCUGAAGCGUAUGUAACCCGAGGUACCACUGUAUAGGGAUUGGUUAAACGAGCCAAUGUCAUAAGCUGUGGUUUGAAGUGGCCUUGCCCAGCAGCUAACUAAAGUUUAACGAAACCUAUUGUGACAGAAGUCCUUCUGGCCAAUUGGUGCGAGGACAGUCUCUAAGGCUUAUGAAAGCUCAUCCAUGUAGAGCUAAACCACAAUGAAGUCUUUCAUAAGAAUGCAGUCAGUGUGUCUACUUUUGCUUCCUUCUUAAGUUUCCAAAUUCUAAGUUUGAGGAGCCAAUGAAAUAUGAUAGAUCUUAGAGCAAUGAUCUCUAAGGUGUUGGGCGUUUUAAAGUUUGGAAAGUUAUUUUCCUCCCACCCACCCUUUUAUGUCUAUAGCAAGCAUGUUAACAUGCUCUUCCACAACAACUGAUUAGAUUCUGCCCGACUUCACAAUAGUCGGUUCAGCUCCUGAUAAGCGCUGUUUUCUACAAUCUAGGAAGCUGUGAAAAGUGACUUGCUCAUUGUAUUAUCUUAGAAUUUACUACUUAUUUACUACCUUCAUCACUUAGGAAUGACACUUAAAAGUGAAUUGUGGAGAACAUUGUCUUUUGUUGAGGUGGCUGAGCAUCUUUGUCUAUUAAAUACAGUGCCCAUCUGCACAGUAACAGUACUUCUAACAAGUCUCAUUUUGUUGAAGGUGCAGAAAGGUGUAAGCAUGUAAAGUACAUUUGUCAGAAACAUGCUCACAGAAUGAGCAUCUUCCCAAGGAACAGAUUUUGUGUAGUGUCUUGCACAUUAAGGCAAUCUGCCCCAAUGUAUUUUGGACUACAACUCCCAUAAGUCCCAACCAGCUGUCUAAGACUGAAAGAGCUGCAAGUUGCCAAAGGCUGCAUCAAGGCACAGCCAUCAUAUACUCUGAAAACAGCAGGUGUGGCAUAAGAAUAUAUAUUCUGCCUGUUUGAAGUGUUAAAUUCCAUGGAAAUCCUUGCCCUAAUUAUGGUCUUGCAAUAAGUGUUCAGGUGAUCACAGUUUCCCACACCAAUUUGGUGGCCUUCUAUUACAGUAGUGAGAGUGAGUCACACACCCAACCCGGUUGGCUGCUCUAUUUCAGGGAUCUUCCGGAACCAGGGGCAAUUGCUGUGGUUAGUUGGUGGUCAGGUGGUUGACAAAUAUCAAGUCUUCAGUGCCAAUCACUGCUUGGAAAAGGAAAUGGCAUACAAUCCUCUCUGUAGUGAUGUUUUCUAGAUGUAUAAAUAACCAACUGGGAAAUGGAGUUUGUGUGGUCCCAUAUCCAUACCAUGCAAUCAUGGAAAUUGUAGGUCUGAAGGGCUGUUAGUGUUUUUCUUGUGCUGGGUGUGUUUGUGACUUGUACAUUCAGUAAGCAUUCCAUAAGGGGGAUACUAAAAGUAUUUUUGACACUGCAUAAAUGCUGCCUCCAGCAUGUAAUCUGUGGCGUUUGUUUACAAUAGAAUUUUUGUAAAUGUUUAGUAUGCGACUUGUUUUGAUUUUAAUUGAAGUCAUAUGCAUUGUCAUCCAUCUGAAUUGCUGGGAUGACUCAAGCACAACAACAACAACAAUAAAAUAAGAAUUAUAAUUUAUUAUCAUUCCCAGGCUAUUCCAGAAAGCAUACCGAGUUUGCUAAUGAAAGAUCAUCUUUUCCAACAUGAACCUGGAGUGAGCAAUGAUUCUUACAAAAGCUUAAGUAUAAGACCCUCAACCUUUGAAGAUUUCAGCUCAAGAAGACCGUUUUUCCACAACCAAUCCAACCAGGUAACAGCUCUGCAACUAGAAAAAAACAGCUGUCAGAAAUUUGGCUUAGUUAUUUUAUUGUCUAGGCUAGACCUAUAAUGGGAGCCAAAGCUUUUCCACUAUGUUAGAGAGCCAUGGCAAGCCUCAGGCUCACAUACUCCCUUCUCUCCCCUCUUUCAUGCAGCAGACUUAAAAGUGGAAGUGACUACAGGAAGAGAUUAAAAACAUCGGCUUCCACUUUAGAACAAGCUAUAGUUUUUCAGGUUCCAGUGUCAUGGGAAGUUGCAGCUUGUUUAAAAGUAGAAGAUGCUUCUGAUAUCUCUUUGGCUGUAUUCACACGUGGGGUUUAUUGUGUUAGUUUAACUGACUAUAAGGCUAGUGCUUCUUUCUUUUUUUUCUAACUUUCCUUUCACACUACACAAGCCUGUUCCGUCAUAUCUCAACCCCUAUACGGCCAUGUUGCGGUAAAGGCCAUUCACACAGCAAGAACUAGCAACAGACAUCAACAGAUGCCACCACCAUUCUGCUACUCUGUGCUGAAAUACUAGCCUUGAAGCGGGCAAGGAAUGCACUACAUGCUGGUAGUCUGCCACACAGCUCGUCAUGUGAGCAGCUGUGGCAUGAACCUGUGAAAAAGGCAGGAAAAUCACCACACAAAAUCACAUGGUUUUCCGAGUUGGGGGGAGGGGCUGUAAGAGGGGUUUUUUUUGCAAUCAAAUAACAUGGAAAUGAGCGCUAGACUAUAUCCUCAUACAUAUUUUCAGAAGUGGCUUUUAUGUUGUGUGAAAGCUCAGUUUUUCUGUGCAAAAUAACUACCAGGGAAACAUCAGGGAAAGGGAAUAAACUAUGGUGUGAAUGAAGCCAUUCUCUGCUGAAAGGGGUGGUGGUGUGUGUGGCUCAAGCAACUGGAAACCAUGACUUCCCAUUUCUUCUGAAUUGAGCAAAUAUGUGCAGUCGCAGCAACUUCCACCUUGUGCCUCUCCCUUCCCAUCUGCAUACUUCCCUCUUUUCCCUCGCCUGCUGUGUACAAUUCCUUCUAUCACUUAGGAAUUUUUACCCACCCAGCCUUUCUCAUUGACGUAUACUUGCUCAGUCCCAUUUAUUCUGCCUUCCUUUCCACUGCCAUACAGCUUCUCGAAAGAUGCUAAAGCCCCUACCAGGCUACUUGCCCUCCUUCCUGGGCCUCUCAGCCACAUAGUUUUCUUAUUCCCCUUUACAGUUUCCAUUGUUGCCUCCAGGCAAGCAGCUCGGUCUGUGUCACAGUCCCACCCACUUCCUGCUCUGGACAUUGAUUUCUUCCUCUCCUCCACCCAAACAAUCCUUCACUUCACAAAGCUCGUCUUCUGUUUUCCACCUGAGCAGUAGAAAUGCUUAUUUUUUAAAAAAUUACAGCAGCUGGGGAACACUCCCCAAGAAAUAGUCAUGUUUUUGUCAGUCAAGGAAUAUUUUAUGAGUCUCAAAAAAUCCAUUUGCCAGAGAAAAAGGCCCCCAGCGUCUCCCUUUCCCUCCAGGCUCACAGGAGGAUAGAAAGAAUAUACAUAUACGUAAUUUCAUUUGUGUGCUCGCUCUCCACAGUUCAAGCCAUGCUCAAGGCAGCUUACAAGAUAACAAAAAUACAAUUUCCACAUAAAUCAUAAUAUCUAAAAUAAAGAUUUUAAAAAAUCAGCUACAACCCCCCCCCCCAACAAAAACUUCUGCUUUUGUAGCUGGAGUCAGCCAGGGCCCUGCCCUCUUGGGCCAGGUGGGAAAAGGCCCGCAAGGCAGGGAGCAGGUCUUCCAAGACUCACAGCCAAAAUGGUCUCAUAUUGUGUUGAGCUCUGGAGCAAGCAGAAGCAGAACUGGCCACACACACUGCUUCUGCCCUCAGCGAAGCCCAGAACAAUACAAGACCUCCUGUCCCAAAUUCUCAAGAGGAGAGGAGAGGUCAAUGAUAGCCACAGACUGCAGCUGGCUAGUCAGCAAAGUCAGGCCCUGGUUUUGUCGGUUUACUGUUAUGAUUUUAGGUGGAAAGAACAAAAAUGUCUGCUGGCAUUUACAUUCGUGAGUUGUCUUUUUUUUUAUUGUCAAGCCUCUAAAAUCCUUUGUGGUGAAAAUAGAGCACUCCAUGAUAAAUUUAAUAUUAUCCUUUCAUAACCUUGUAGUUGAUCUUAUGCCUCUUUUACCCACAAUUCUAUAUUGUGGCACCCAGGUAUCCUGGAGUACCUCAGAUAUAGGCAUAAGAUUUUCUCUCACCUGAGUAUACAUGGGUUAGGGAAAUUUCCCAUGUGCAGGUGUGCAAAGAUCACAUAUGUCUACUUUGUAAGAUUUAUAUUUGUGAAUGCUACUACUUGCAGCUCUUCAACUGUGCUCCAGCAUUACUGUGUACGCCACCACCCAAGGGUUUUUUUGGGGGGGGGUUGCCUGCACCAUUGUACUGUAUACCUAUGUAGAAAGAAAGUUUUGUGCAAAGUAGCUUUUGCCUGACUUCAGCCUGAUCUCUCAUUUUCCUGACAUCCUUCCCCCCCCCCCCCCAAGGUUGCAGAGUUAAAGCCCAGAACAAUCUAUUACUGAAGCUUAGGCUUGCAUUACUCUGUUUUAUUUUAGAGUGAUCUUCUACUUAGAUUUCAAAGAUUUCCCUAUUUAGCUUGCUCUAGUUGUUUAGACAGUUUUAACCAUUGGCAAGGGUGACCGAUUACAAUUUUUAUUACUUUGAGCCAAGCCAUUUUGAAUCUCAAAUAUUCCAGCAGAAGUUUGCUCUGCCCUAUAAUGGAGUGUCUUGUUUUUGCCCUUGGCAGGGAUGGGAAAGGAUUGUUUGCUUUUUAAUCUUUGCUCAUAAACUAAAACUUUAUAGCAAACUUAUUUUCAUUAAUAGUGAAAGAUGUUUCUGUCAUCGCUGGCCGAUCCUUUAGAAGGUUAUGGAAAAGUUAUUUCUGUCUUGGUUUUGUGGAUUUCCAUUGGUGCCAGCAAAGUGAGCAACUUCUUUGGUACUGGCUACAAGUUCUCACCACAAGUGUUAAUGUGUUUGUUAAGCAAGUACUUCAGUAAUCAAGGACUGCUUCUUCAAAAAGCAUUUUGAAAUAAUUCAGGCAUGAGUUGCAAAGUGGCUUUUAUUUCUACACCUGUAAGAAAUCCUCCACCCUUUGCAAUAUGAUUUAAAAUUAACCACUUUCUGCAGGCAGCCUGAAAUUCUGGUCACACCUACCCAGAGUAAGUCCUAUUAAACUCAAUGGGGCUUACUUCUGAGUAGAUAUGCACAGAAUUGCACUUGGGGGCUAGUUCCAAGAAUUUCAGAAGCAUGGAUCACCUGAGCUCCUAAUUCUCCCCUUUGUCAUUUUUUGAGUCUCACCCAUGUUUGAAAAUGGUCUGCUUCACAGUUUUAUCUCAAGAGUGUUGUGUUGCAUUCACAAAUCCUACUUCACAUUGUUAAAGCAGAAUUGUGAGUUGAAUAAUUUCUGCUUUUGAAAUUCCUGCUCUUUGUUAGACACUACGUUUUCUGAGACCCAUCCUUUUUGUCCAGAGCAACCCAAAAGGUGGCAGUGGAGGAAAUAAAGGCAGAUUAACUGCCUUUCCCAGUGCCCUGCCAGCAAGACACUGUGUGUGUGUGUGUGUGUGUGUGUGUGUGUGUGUGUGUUUCUCCUCUCUUCUUCCAAAUGUUAUUACUGGUCAACUCUUUACCUCCCACCCCCAAUUUGCACUCACCCUCUUUUCUUUAUGGUUUUUGUUUUUCAUUUGCUUGAGCUUUCCAUCUCCUCAUUCUUUUCAUGUCUUAGGUGACCUAUGAUGGGCAUUUAGGGGAGGGAUGCAGGAUUGUGAAUACCUUUGUAUAGCAUUUAAUUGUUAAGGUGCCUAAUCAGCAUUAAAUAUGAAUAGAUUUCAUGAAGCUGCAAUCCUGUGAUUCCAAGGAGGGUGACCCAUGAAUUGCAGGAAUCAUUGUACUGAACAGGAAAAGGAAAAUGCACCCGCCACCACUUUUUGUCUUACCAAUGCAAGCCCAGAUGGGAAAUGGCAGUUCAUCCAUUUUGAGUUCUGCCCCCCCAUAACACCCCCCCACACACACCAUUUGGAUUACUCUGCCUAUCAUCUUUGUCAGGAACUCUUCAAUUCAGUUUACGGAAAACAAGUAGGGAUGAAACCUCCUGACAAUAAAGUUCUCUGGUACUUAAUCAUCAGCUUGUGCUGAGAGAUUCUGUCGCACUUGUGUGUAAAACAAAGUGUCUUGCUUCCCUUUCAGAUACCCCUGAAGCCGGUCAGGAAUGUCAGUUUUCAGGACGACGAAGAAAUUGUUCGAAUAAACCCUCGUGACAUUUUAAUACGCCGCUAUGCAGACUAUAGGCACCCAGACAUGUGGAAAAAUGACUUGGAUAGGGAUGAAGGCGACGCCUCGCUGCAGUGUCCCAAGGCAGAUAGUAAAAAACCAGACUAUCUGUACCCUUCCGGGGACGGAACUAAGUUGAAUUCGCUAAAAGAUUCCAAGUGUUCUGUGGUACUGAAAACGCAACCUUCCUCGUUCAAAUUGAAAAAGUCGAAAAGGAGGAAAGAGGACGGGGAGCGCUCUCGCUGCAUAUACUGCCAGGAAAGGUUUAAUCAUGAAGAGAAUGGCCGGGGCAAAUGCCAGGAUGCUCCCGAUCCCAUCAAGAGAUGCAUCUAUCAAGUUAGCUGCAUGCUUUGUGCUGAGAGCAUGCUCUACCAUUGUAUGUCAGACUCGGAGGGGGAUUUCUCUGACCCCUGCUCUUGUGACACUAGCGACGACAAGUUCUGCUUGCGAUGGCUCGCCCUUGUCACAUUGUCUUUCAUUGCGCCGUGUAUGUGCUGCUACCUCCCCUUAAGAGCGUGCCACCAUUGUGGUGAGGUCUGUGGAUGCUGCGGAGGGAAGCAUAAAGCGGCUGGAUGAACCAGUCCGGUACCAAGUUUGGGCUAACAACGUCUUUAUUUUCAGGAAGUAUCUAACUCGUGGAAGCAUUUGGCAAGCAGAAGGGGGAAACCUGUCGUAUAUGAAAGGUCAAUUCUGGAAGAAGCAUCAGAACUUGUUGCAUUGUAGGAAUGCUGGCCACGCCGAAUGAUCUGCUUUUAAGUGCAUGGUGCAAGUUGUGUCGGGAGUUCUUUCAAAAGGAAAGCCUUUUCUUAACGAUUGGUGGCUGAAAGAAGUAUAAACUGCAGUCCGUACUAUAAGGGAUCAACUUCAGCAAUUUGUACAUAUUGAGGUUAGGUGAUGGGGGCUGUUGAAAGAAUCUAUUUAGCAGAAAAUUUAACUAAACCUGCAGUAGCGAGAGCUGAUUUAAAACUAAGGAAAGUUUAAAACUUGGCGACUGCAAGAAACUAAAUUGAUUUUAAAUGCAACUAAAUUGCUUAUAAAUAGUUUUUUUGGAAACAACUUUAUGUACAAAUAACAAAUGUUUAUAUUUAACAAAAUAUAUGGUACGAAUUAUUAAAUCUUCCUUCCCCUUUCCAGUUGCAACACAGUUAUGGACCACAUUUCCAGUCACAUUCCAUGGUAGUAUUUCUCAAUAUUUAACUAGUUAACUUAGUAGCAUUUCUAUUCAAAAUGGACAAAUCAAUAUUUUCAGUCUUGUUUCCCUUCAGCUACAUUUUUGUAUUGAGUUCUCUCUGUACAUUCUGGUAAUCUGAAAGCCUUUAAAAUAUUAAUUAUUGUAGUCUUGAAUGACCAAUGUUUUGUUAAGCACAGGUGUAAUUGUCUAAUGCUCUUAUAAGAACAUAACAUUUAUUUUUAUAUAUAAAUUACUCUGUAUUCAGCGAAAUGGCAAAGGAGUUUUUUUCCUUUCUCAACCAGCAAAUUUUCUUCUAGGGUUUCCUUGAUUUCAAAUGUUUGGGGAAAGAAAAUUACAAGAAGAUAAUUGUCAUAAAAUAUAUAUAUAUAUAUUUAUCAUGCAAUUCAACUUGGUACCAAUUAUUACUUCAAACUAUCAAAGGAACAAAAAAGCAUCCAUUAUUCUAAUCUUAUUUGGCCUAUCAGAAAUUUACAAUACUUCGUAUAUCAAACGAUAACCCAGGUAGGGAAAAGCAAAUGAAUUUCUUGUGAAUGGAAGUGGGUUUUAUUUUGUCUUUGUUGUAGCUUAUUAAUAAUGAAUGUUUAACUUAACAUUUGGCUAUGUGUCCUAAAUACCAAUAUGGGGAAAUUUCUAAAUGUCAUCCAUCAUAUAACAUAGCUGAGUAUACAGGUUUUUAAUUAAUAAAACUCUCUAAAGCAGUGAAGCAGUCAUUCAUUCAAAAUCGUUAAUGGGUGGAGGGAAAAAAACCAUGUGUUUAAUAUGCUCUUACGAUUAAAAUUAUAAUUGCACACUACCUUUUCUUUUAUUUCUAUGCAUUUCCCCCCCAGUGAAAUGUUUUGGUUUAUUUUCUUCCGAAGACCAUGUUCAAUCACAGGAAUCUUUCCUUCCCCUCCUCUUUUCAGAGCCCAGGUAUCAAACUGAACAACUGUAUAUAACACUAUCUGUAAAAUACUUUUUUAAAGAAAGCAUUUAUAUUUAUAUGACAGCUUGAACUGACAACGUUAUGUACAUAGAUCAUCUUGAAGUAUUAUUUCACAUUGAAAAGAAGACAAAUAUAUUGAUAACUAUAGAAGUUAAGAGUUCCUUUCUAGUUUUGUACUUUAAAAAAAAGCCUGUAUGUAUAACCGAAGUCAGCAAACACGACACUGUAGCAGCAAUCUCUUUAAAUCCUUUCGUUUUAUAUGUUUGAGAGCUGCUGCUCCAGAAGACUUUCACGCUUCACAUAUUGAGCUAAACUUGGUUGCCUAGAUAGACUGUUAACUUUUUUCCCAAAUAAACAAACAAAAACGAGACAGAGAUUCGUAACCUGCAUUUCACUGUUGACAUAGGACCUGCAUCUUGUGAUAUAGCAUUUACUAAAACAUUAUGCUUUUAAUUAAAUAUGGAGCAUGGUAUCAACAACCCAAGAAAAGAACUUGCUGGCUGUACAGAAAAGUCCUUUGGAACUUUGUGUGUAUGUGUGCGUGUGCGUAUGUGCGUACUUUGGGAAGAGACAAAUCUAACCAUUUUCUAUGAGCACUCAUCGACAUAGUGCAACUCUUGGUUCUUGUAGUAGUGAAACCUUAUAUGCUUUAAAAAAAAUUACUGAAUAUGUGCAUUAAUAUUUUCAGUAUAUAUUUAACCACUUUGCUGCUAAACAUUUACUAUCCUUUACUCUUGAAGAAAUAUUAUUCCUAUUUUGUUGUUUUUUUUAAAAAAAAUACAAAUUAAUAUGGAUACUGGUAUAUAGGUUGUGUUAUUUGCAACUCAUCUAAUUUGAAAUAAUUGCAUUGGUUCAGUAUCUGGUUUCAUGGAUUGUGUGAUGUCGGCCACAUUUCUGUAUGUUUAGGCUUUUGCUUUAACGGGGGAAUUUCUUAACUAAUUGUGGCCAACUCACAUAUGAAGUUGCCUUAUAGGGAGUCAGACCAUGGGUUAAUCCAUCUCUGUGCUCAAAUUAGUGGUCAUUUUUCAAGAUCUCAGGCAGACCUGCUGCUCAGCUCUGCUAACUGAGGUGCUUUUUUAACUGGAGAUGCCAGUGAUUAAACUAAGAAAUGAUGUAUGGCUCUAUCUUCCUGGAACAAACCAUUGAAUCACCACUUCUCAAUCCACUAAUUCUAAUUCAUAGAAUCCGCCAUGGAGUUGCUUUGUUGAAUCUCAUGGAUUUCAGUGCACUUAAAUUUUUUUGUCCUUAAAUCGGAUUGUGGCCCCUGUGUGCAUUUUAUCUUUUCACCCUGCUUUCUCAGAAGGAGGUUGGGUUAGGGACAAAGAGUCAACGGAUAAGAGGUUUACUGUAAAGCAUGUAAAUUCAGGUGCCUUUUAAGGUGUAAUGUAAUGUGGGACUUUUCUCCAAGCCUAUAUCAACUCAUGUGCAGUAAUUGCCGAAGGAUGUUCAGGUUUCAGCCUCCUAAAAGGUGCUACCUGAAAGAAGGAGUGUUCUGUCUGAGGUGAAAGCAGCUAGCUAUAACAUUAGGGUACCACCUACUGGACAAACAUGAUUUAGGAAACUUAACUUUAUUCAUGCAGCCUACACACACACACACACACACACACACACACACACACACACUUUUUCUGACAGUUGUUUAAAACAUAAAUGCCAAAAUAGGGGAUGGAAAGAGAUCCUUGCAAUUUCAGCAAUUGCAGUUGUCUUAGACACAAUUGAAUUAAUAAACAUGUCCGAUUGAAAGUCCAGUAGUGUAAAACAAGACAUUCUUACUAUCAGGCUUUGUGGAAAUGCAAAUGUUCCAGACCAAAAUAAAACAAUAGCUGGAAGUUUCUGGUUCCUCCCCACCCCACCCCACCCCCCAUCCUGUUAAUUGACAUUGUUGGUCUUAUUCCAGAAGAGUCAUUCUUGAAAGUUUAGAAGAUAAUAUCCCACCUUGCAAAACAGUGAGCCUUUAACUUUUCUAUAUUAUUUUGUUGUCAAAAAAAAUAAAUCCCCACAAAAGCCUACGUUUCUGUUUCAUAUAGAAAACUCUGGGCUAGUAGUUCUCAAACUUAGGGCCUUGAACUUGAAUGAAAACAGUCAUGAGUUGUACCACACGUGUCCCGCUAUCCACCUGCUUGUUAUGCAGAAAUUCACUUAUCUAGACACAGUUAUGCAGAGCUGAUUCAGAUAUUUGAAUAGCUGGAGUUUGCCCACUUCCUUGCUGGUCUACGGCAGCCAUUUUUGGGAAGAAACCAUGCAGAGAGAGUGCAGACAGAUUAGUUUUUCAUUUGUCUCUAUUUCAUAGCUGUCAACUUUUCUCUUUUCUUGCGAGGAAUCCUAUUCGGAAUAAGGGAAUUUCCCUUUAAAAAAGGGAAACGUUGACAGCUAUGCUCUAUUUUGCUGGUUGGCUGCAGCCAUUUUGGGCAGAGGGGAGAGAGAUUACGGAUUAGAAAUGUUCCCAUAGGAAAUGGAAAUGGCCAGCUCACUGUGUGAAUGCUUGCCUAACAAUUUCCUGGGAAUACAUUGUGUUCAGAAAGUGUGAACUGUGUGUAUUUUCCCCACCAGUCUACACCUGGGGCACUUGAAUGUUCUGGGCCCCUAAGUGUUGCACAUUAAAGUUGUUUGGAGGUAGUUUCACCUUUACUUCACUUCUCAUCCCAACAGAAUUUUGAAUUUGCAUGAUUUUUUGAGAAAUCUUGUUCUGUUCCUCCUUCAGAACCAAUGUUAAGAUUUGUGCCCUAGUGUAUACAGAUCCUUGCAUAUAGCAACUUCAUUACCUGCAAUCUUGCCUGUGGAAGAGACUUAUUUUUGCUGGGUCAGAAGGUCUCAGAGGACGCAGUUAACUUUAAAAGUGGUGCCCAAGUUCAAAGCAAAUUUAGAUCUAGAGCACAGACUUCUAUAUUGACCAAACUGCACACUUUCAAACAGCAAUUUCAGAUAUUUUUGCAUGCUGGAAUGCAACAUUCCCAUUUUUCUUCUAUAAUCUUUCUGUGAGUAAUCCUGUAUGUGUGUACAAGGAAGAAAAACCUCGAGAACUCCCCAUGUAAAUAAUACGCAAUGUUUGUGUUGAUCUUUCGAUCUCCAGAGAACAUAGAACACUGUAUAAAUGGAGUCUACAGUGGUCCACACACUUUUGAGGGAGAAGAAUAAAGGAGAUGGUUUAGUAUUCCAAUUAGUACUAUUAAAGUUGGCAGCCUGGUGGUUAAAACUUGCAUCUGCUUUUUGGUGCACUGAUGAAGUAGCAUUGAAAUGGCAUCUCCCUCUCCCCCCCCCCCCAAGCAUCUUAAUUGCAAUAGCUGUGGUUAGCUUUGAAAAUUUAAACAAAACCUAGUGGGGAAAACUUUGUAUUGGGAGCUGCAGCAUAAUCUGUACAUAGGUUUUUUUCCUCCCUCUUGUUUGUGAAUAUUUUGCUUAGUGCAAUUUGCUUUCCACCCUAUUGACCUCAAAAAAGUGCCUCACUUGUAUAUUAUUUCCAUUAAAAUAUUAAUUGCUAUCUCUUUCUACUAAAUGAUGUAGGAUUAAGUUUUAAUUCCAUGCCAUAGAUGUAUUUCUUUCUAUGUAUAAGAAUAUAGCUGGUUACCUUGAGGACAUAAUGUAAAUACACAUACGAGUUUUAACUGUUUUGUUAUCAUACCCUUUGUAAGUUGCCAUACUGGAUAAUAUCAUAAAACAGAUUUAAGUUUCAAUGUUUUCCUGCAAUUACCUGAUUAAAACUAUCAUGAAAUU